AUGGAGGUGAUCCUGGGGAAUAGUGAGGAUAUUAAUAUCAGUAAAUGGUUACAGAAGGGAUUUCAGAAUAUUCAAGAUUGUAUAGAUAGAAAGGAAAUUAAGCCUUUUAACCAGUUACAAACAGAGUUCGGAAUUGACAGCAAAGAGAUCUUUCCAUAUUUAAGAAUCAAAUUCUAUCUGGGGACAUUUUUGGAAUUUCAAAUGGAUAAAAAUACGAGUUACCUAAAAAAUAUUCUGGAAAGUCAUAGAUUAAAAGGACAUAUAACUAGAUGUUAUGAAUUUCUAAAAGACUCUCAGAAGUCCCAUGUGUGGAAAUCUAAGAUCAAGUGGGAAAAUGACUUACAUAUUGAAAUCACAGAGCAAGAUAUGAUAAGGGCGAUAGUCAAGGUGAACAAAUCAGUACAUUGCCUGAAUAUAGUAGAUAAUUUUUAUAAGCUCAUAAAUAGUGAUGUCCCAAACUGUUCGCCGAACCGUGACAAACAGUUCGUGAACAGUUCGGCGAACAGUUCGGGACAUCACUACUCAUAAAUAGAUGGUAUAUGGUUCCUGAAAAACUGGCCAAAUAUACAAAGAUCAGCAUAAUAAAUGCUGGAUAUGUGCCGCUGGGAAAGGAGACUAUCUCUAUAUAUGGUGGCAAUGCAAACACUUAAGUAAGCUAUGGAAGAGUAUUUAUGAACAGAUUUAUGCUACCUGUCAGAUGUAUACCUUUUACACCACAGAGCUUCCUGCUACACCAGGGAUGGCCCUCUAUGCCCACUGAAAAAAGUAUGCUAAUAACUCACAUUUUGAUGGCAGCUAAACAUGCUGGCAAGGCAUUGGAAAAGUAAUAAGGUUUUAGAGUGGGACGAAAUUAAAAAACAAUCGAUAUAUCAAUGUAAAAUGUAAAUUGGAAUAAUUCAAGGGAAUUCAGUUGGAUUGCCGAAAAUUAGUACAUGGACAAAAAUUGUGGAAAAGCUCCUGGUCAGUAAUUAAUGUUUACACUAAAGAUGGAUGGUGAUGCCCCCGUGGUGUGUCUGUGUCCCAAGAAAAUCUUGCUGUAAGGGUUGCGCCCAUUUGGGAAGUAAGUAAUAUAUGGAUAUGUAUAAAGAGUCAUAAAAAAUGCUAGUCCCUGGAGACAGUGAAUGUGUCAGAGAAUGUUUUUUUGUUUUUUUUUAUGUAGGUACCUUAACUUUGCAAUACAUGUAGCCUACAGAUAUUGUAUUUUCACUGCUGUUCCUCCUAGUUUUAUAGUACAUGAAUUAUAUUUGAAUUUAUGUAAUUUGAGAUACUGUACAUAUUGAUGUAAUAUAUAGACACUCCGUUUCUAUUUGCUUCUUAUCUAGUAUUGAGGUAAAAGUUUUAUUAUUAAAUAUUUGUCUUGCAAUUUGAAGUACUGUAUGUAUUGAUUUUUUUUGUGAAAUGUUGAAAAAUAAAAUAUAUUUAAAAAAAUAAAAUAAAAAUGUUUAAAGCUGUGGCAACUGACAUUUAAUGUGGAUAAAUGCAAGAUAGUGCAUCUUGGGCGUAAAAACCCAAGGGCAGAGUAUAGAAUAUUUGAUGCUCUACUAACCGCAACAGCUGAGGAAAGAGAUUUAGGAGUAAUUAUUUUUAGAUGACUUAAAGGUAGGCAGACAAUAGAGCAGCAGGAAAUGCUAGCAGAAUGCUUGGUUGUAUAUGGAGAGGUAUUACAUAGUUACAUAGCUGAAAAGACACUUGCAUCCAUCAAGUUCAGCCUUCCUCACAUAUGUUUUUGCUGUUGAUCCAAAAGAAGGCAAAAAACCUAGUCUGUAGCGUUUCAAAUUUUGCAACAAACCAGGAAAAAAUUCCUUCUUGACCCCAAAAUAGCAGUCAGAUGUCUCCUGGAUCAAGCAGCUAUUACCACACUAAUUAGAAAUGAUAUCCCUGUAUGUUAUGUUUUUGCAAGUAUUUAUCCAAUUUCAGUUUACACAUCUGUAUGGACUCUGAUAAAACCACCGAUUCAGGCAGAGAAUUCCAUAUCCUUAUUACUCUUACUGUAAAAAAACCUUUUCUUUGCCUUAGAUGACAUCUCCUUUCUUCCAGCCUAAAUCUGUGACCCCGUGUCCUGUGUAUAGCCCUGUUUAUGAACAGAUUUCCAGAUAAUGGUUUGUACUGGCCCUGAAUAUAUCUGUAUAAUGUUAUCAUAUCCCCUGUGAGGCUCAGUUUUUCCAAACUAAAGAGAUUUAUAUUUUUUAACCUUUCUUCGUAACUAAAAUGCUCCAUUCCUUUUAUCAAUUUUGUAGCUCAUCUCUGCACUUUUUAUACUGCCAUGAUAUCCUUCUUUAAAACAGGUGCCCAAAAUUGCACAGUAUAUUCAAGGUGUGGUCUUUACAGCGAUUUAUAAAGAGGCAAAAUUAUAUUUUUAUCCUGAGAAUUUAUGUCCCUAUUUAUACAUGACAAAACCUUACUGGCCUUAGUAACUGCAGAUUGACAUUGCAUAUUGCUGCCUAAUUUGUUGUCUAUAACAAUUCACAAAUCCUUCUUGUGAGUGGUUAUCCCUAAUUCACAACCAUUUAGGGUGUAAGUUGCUUGUGCAUUCUUGACCCCGAAGUGCAUAACUUUGCAUUUCUCUACGUUAAAUUUCAUCUGCCAUUUUAGUGCCCAAUUCCCCAAUCUAUCCAAAUCCCUCUGCAACAAAGCAGUAGAAAGAGGGAAGGGAUCAGUGUUAUAGAACACUGGUGAGACCUCACUUGGAGUAUUGUACACAAUACCGGAGACCGUAUCGUCAGAAUGAUAUUGAUACUUUGGAGAGAGUUCAGAGAAGGGUUACUAAACUGGAUUGCAGGAUAUUUUUUUUUUUUAAAUUACCAGUAAUGGUUAAAAGAUCUUAACAUGUAUAGCUUGGAUGAAAGACGAGAUGGGGGGGAUAUUAGUGAAACAUUUAAAUACUUAAAGGGAAUUAAUAUAGUAAAGGAGGAGACUAUAUUUAAAAGAAGAAAUACUACCCCAACAAGAGGAUAGUCUUAAAUUAGAGGGGCAAAGGUUUAAAAAUAAUUUCAGGAGAGGGUAGUGGACUCAUGGAAUAGUCUUCCAGCUACAGAGGAUAACACUGUGAAGGACUUUAAGCAUGUGUGGGAUAGGCAUACGGCUAUCCUAGCUAUAAAAUAAGGCCAGGGACUAAUUAAAGUAACUAGACAAUUGGGCAGACUAGAUGGGCCGAAUGGCUCUUAUCUGCCAUCACAUUCUUUGUUGCUAGGUUUCUAAAAAAAAAAAUUUGUUUUUACAGGUUUGAAAAUGAUCUUAAAAUAAUGAAUGGAGUUAAACUAGGCCUGUACUGGAAAAUCAUGUGGGGAUUUGUAAGUCCCUUGCUGAUAAUAAGUUUGUUUAUCUUUUACCUUGUGGAUUACAUUAUGGCAGGCACUCUUCAAUAUAAAGCAUGGGAUGCCACUCAGGUACAGUUUUUUUGUCUUUUUUAAGAACUAAGUAAUCAUCUUAUAAAAAUAUCUGUCUGUUUAUAUUAAACCUUUUAACAAUGUGCAUGUCUCUGCCUACAUUUAAAAAAAAUGUGGAAAUGCAAAUCAAUUAAAACAUUCACUAAUAUGUAACAUAUAUUCAUAUACACACAGGAUGGCCCGUAAGUCCCUACCCAUCAAGCACACAGAUACACUGUGUGGUUCUGAAGCCUAGUUCAUAAAGUGAGAGUUCAUAGUGAGAACUAAUUUCCCAUAAACCACAAUGUAAUAAGCAUAGGUUCAGUUCCUGACCAACACAUUUUACUAUAGAAAACCUAAAUUAUUAAGCGCAAAUACAAAAUAUAGGUAUAACAAAUACAUAUAUGUUGUAGGAACAUUAAAGAAAUACAUACCAUAUUGAAUUCUUCAUCAAAUCAUCCUCAAUCAUCAUCGUCUUCAAUGAAGAGACAUGCUGCACUUGAUGAAUGGGGCACUGCACAGUCCUCCCUCAGUUGUUUGGUGCUUGUUGAAGGCUGCACCUCACUUGUUUCUGGUUCAUUUGAGACAGAGCUAGUCACAGCAGCUUUCUGUUGACAAGCAUUUCUUAGAUCUCUAGCAACUUUGGUACUUCUCUCAAAGUUAGAAUCUUGUGACUCAAAAAUAUUAAUGGCCUUUUCCAUUUGUUGAGAUGCUUCCUUGAGGCCUUUCAAAGUGAAAGAAUGAACAGGAGUUUUAGGUGCUGUAACAUCUUCUACCUCUUCAACUUCCUCUUGUUCUUCUAUAUCUAAGAGGUCUUCAUUUGUAAGUUCUUCAAACCCUUGAACAUUAGUACUAAAAAACUGAGGGCAGAGCUUUUUCCAAACACCUUUCAUGGUUUUCUCUGAAUUUUGGUUCCAGGCAUAUGCUGUAAUUUUUAUUGCAUCUAAAAUAUUAAAUAAUUGUCUCCAAAAAUCUUUAAGACUUGGACCUGUCACGUUAUCUGUUGCUUUAAUCAACAUUUCAAAUGUCUGCCGAAGGUACAGUGCUUUAAAUGUGGCGAUAACUCCUUGGUCCAUUGGUUGCAAAAUGGAAGUUGUAUUUUUUGGCAAGAAUAUGAUUUUGACAUUAGGGUGAUGAUGUUGAAGAGAGGGUGGAUGACCGGGUGCAUUAUCUACCAGCAGAAUUACUUGAAAAGGUAUUGAUUUAUCUUCACAAUAUUUUUUCACUUAAGGUACAAAAUAAUGUGAGAACCAAUCUUCAAACAGCGAAGCAGUAACCCAACCUUUUUUAUUGGCUUUCCAUAUGACUGGCAGUGCGCUUUUCACAUUUCCUUUAAGUGCCCUAGGGUUUUCUACACGAUGCACCAUCAUGGGUUUUAACUUAUAGUCUCCAGCUGCAUUCCCACCAAGCAAUAAAGUUAGUCAAUCUUUCGCUGGUUUAAAAUUGGGCAUUGAUGAUUCUUCUUUUGCAAUGUAGCUUCUUGAUGGCAUGCGCUUCCAAAAGAGACCGGUUUCAUCCGCAUUGAAAACCUGUGAUGGCGAGUAAUUUCCCUCUUCCAAUAUUUCAGCCAACUUAGCAGGAAAUAAUUUAGCCGCUUCUGUAUCAGCACUUGCGAAUUCUCCAAGGAUUUUUAUGUUAUGCCAACCAGCUCUUUUUUGUACCGAUCAAACCUACCACUGCUUGCAGAAAAUGUUUCUUCAACGUUGCCUCCUUUUCUUUGUUUCAGCAUCUCAAAAAGUGAUAAAGCUUUAGCACAAAUGGUAGCAUAGGUAACAGGCAUAUGGAGCCGUUCAGUUUGAUCACUUAUCCAUGCUGUUAAAAGAUUUUCCAUAUAAGGAAUAAGUCUUUCAUUUUCUUUGGUAUAGUAGAAUGCAGGGAUUGCACAUUUUUACUUCCUUUAAAUAUUUUUCUCUGUCUUUCAAAAUUGUACUCACAGUUGAUUUACUUAGUGAAUAUUUGGUAGCUAAUUCUUUAGUGGUUUUUCCAGCAUCUGUUAUGAUGUUCAUUUUCUUUCCUAAUGUUAUGACUUUUCGUCUUUUGAUAUUUUCAUUACAAGCACCAACUGUAACCUCCUUUCUUUUUGGUGGCACUUUCUUCUUUCUCAACAUCCCUCUCUCCUUUAUCACUUUCCUUUUCCUUCUUCAAUUUCACACCUCUCUUAAGCCUUCCUCCUUCUUCUUUCUCAACUUCCCUCUCUCCUUUAUCACUUUCCUUUUCCUUCUUCAAUUUCACACCUCUCUUAAGCUUUCCUCCUUCUUCUUUCUCAACUUCCCUCUCUCCUUAAUCACUUUCCUUUUCCUUCUUUUAUUUCACACCUCUCUUAAGCCUUCCUCCUUCUUCUUCCUAAACUUCCCUCUCUCCUUUAUCACUUUCCUUUUCCUUCUUUUAUUUCACACCGCCUCUCUUACUUUCAGGCUUGCACCUCUCCUUUAUCACUUUUUUCCUCCUUUUAUUUUUAGAGCUGUCAAUCUCUACUCCUUUUAUUUUUUAGUGCUCCUUUUCUUUUUAUUCUCUUUUUUACAGUAUUUUUAGAGCCUUCAAGCUUCUCCCCUUUCCUCAGGCUCUUCAGCCCUCCUCCUGCUCCUUGCUAUGCUACCUGCCAAAAUAUGGCACAAUGUCACACACACACUUUAUAUGGAAAAACAGCUAAAAUUACAUUUCACAACAUGUCUUUGUCUGUCUACAGGAAGGGGGGGGGGGGGAUUAUGGAAAAUGUAAGAAGUCCCAAGCAUACUCACAUCAAUCUCUGGCACACACACACACAAACAUGAUUUUUUACCUUACCUUUCACUCCUGUUCACUCCCUUAAGCACACUCACAUCAAUCUCAGGCACACACACAAAAACCAUACAAUUAGAAAAAGCAUAUAGGUACAUUAAAAUGAAAAAGAAAAGUUAUUUCGACAAACUAUUAGAUGCACUGUUAUAUGUUCACACAUCAUAUAUGGAAACCCUAAUCAGCAGUAGCAGGUCAGGCUAAACUGUGCUCAGUGUUUUAAUUUUUUUUUUCCAUUUAAAGAAAAGUUAAGAUAAAUUUCUCAUUAACUCUACCUUGUCCAGUUGAUAAUAUAUUUACUAAGCCUUCAAUCCACUAAACACAUUUAUGCAGGUCCAUACAGCAAGUUGAAGGCAAAUUCUGGCAGAAUUAAGACACGUUAGAUGUGGGCUUUUAUUUGGAAGGUUGGCCUGCAUUCAUCCAUUUCAAAGUGUAUCUGUCAUGAAAUUCUAUGCAGGUGUUAAUUAAUAGGACAUCACAUACUGUACUAUCACUCAUGUACUGUACACUGUGCCAUCCAUUCAGUAAAUGUUCCAGAUUCUGUUACAUCCUGUUCUAAACAGAAAAAUACUCAAUUGGAUAUAAAGACAAAGCUAAUUAUACAGAUUUUAAACUUACCUUUCACUCCUGUUCACUCUCCUGGCCUCAAAUUCAUUUUCCAGUGCCUCCAAACAUGCUCCAUGGUCCACAUCCAUGGAUUGCUGAAAAAAAAUGGCGGCGGAAAUAAAAUGGCGCGUGUUGGAGAUAAAAUCAGCUAUACACGAAGACUUGAUGAAUGCUGGCUGAGCAACUCCCACUUAGGAAAUAGGACCCUAGGAAUCAGUUAAGAAGACAGAGACGUGUUCAAUAACCAAUUCUCAGAAUCCUGUUUCCUAAGAGGGAGGGGCUCAGCCAGCAUUCAUCAAGUCUUCGUGUAUAGCUGAUUUUAUCCCCAACAAAUUGGUGUCAGAGUGGGAUGUAGGUAUAGUGGUCUUGUAGGGGUGCUUGGCAGGAGGUGCAAUGAUGGGGUAUUAUCUUGCAGGGCUUGGUAUGAGUGAGUGAAGAAGGCAGUAAAGGCUGAUAUGGGGUGCUCGGAUGCCCAGGCUUUAAUGGGGUGCAGUAUGUGUAGUUGUGGAGUGUUAGUAUAGUGGUUCUGGACUGAAUGACAGGGGUGCAGUGCUAGCUGGCAGGACUGAGUGGGUACAGGAAGUGGGGGAUCAGUGAAGGAUGGAAUGGGGUGCUGGGGUAUCCAGGUUAUAAUGGGGUGCAGACUGUUUUGGAGUGGUCCAGGGCUGUAUUGAUAUUUGUCAUGGGGUGUAGUGGUGAGGUGCAGGAAGAUGGGGGACUGUGGAGCCUGGAAUGGGGUGCUGGGAUGCCCAGAUUAUAAUGGGGUGCAGUCUGUUUUGAAGUAGUCCAGGGCUGUAUUGAUGCUUGUCCAGGGGUGUAGUUUUGGGGUGCUGGCUUGCAGUGUUGGGGUGCAGUUAGUGGGGGGGGCAGGGAAAAUCUGCUUUAAAUAAAAAUGUAAAUAUGCAAAGUGUGGAGGAUGGGAAAAGGAAAAGAAUAGGUGUCUGAAAGACACAAUCCCUUACCUUCCGUCUCCAAUUGCACCCAAACUUCUGACACAAAUUUGUUGGGUAUAAAUUCAGCUAUAUCCCCCCCCAAAAUUAUUUUUUUUAAAAAGGGAGGCUGUUUUUUGUUAUAUCCUAUGUUAUAUAACGCACGUAUAUUUGAUAAAAAACAGAUAUUUACAAAUACCAACAUCUUGGACAAACAACAAGAACAUUUCGAAAUCCAUACUUUUCCCGUAAUUCUUUAGAGAAUCGGAGAUACAAUUCCAAAUUCAAAUUAACCCUUAUAUGAACAGCUAGGAUAGAUAGUGAAAUGGAUAUUCGUAAAACAUUCGUAAAAGCGGGAAAACGUAAAGCGGGAGUUCGUAAACCGGUAAAUGACUGUAUGUAUAUAUAUAUAUAUAUAUAUAUAUAUAUAUAAAUAAAAUGAAUUUUCUCACCCCCUCCUAGCUGGUAUUUCUUUUCCUCAUUCUCAGGUCCUUUACCAGAGGCCUGGGAGUUUUAGGUUUCUGCGCAAUACCUUAGCUGUUCCUGUGUCACAGGAACACUAUCUACAUGAACACUAUAUUCCAUGAUUCACAGGAAUGUACAUGAUUCAUGUACUGUAUAUCAUGUACAUGAAUAUCUACAAACGGUGUCAACAUAUAUGUGGCUAUAACACAGCCAGACACAAUAACAAAUCAUACAACAUUAAGGUAUCCUAUUUGUGCACAUCUGCAAAUGUGGUGUACAUGAUAAAGUGUACAGUGUGUGACAAGGUUGCUACAUUGGAGAAACUGGCCUUAAGCUGCAUCUCAGAAUGAAUUUACACAGACAAUCAAUCAAGAACCACAGGGAAAAUGGGUAUUGCACCCCUGUUGGUCAUCACUUGACCCAGACUGGUCACUCCAUCCAAAACUUCAGGAUUAAAGUAUUGAAGGGAAUUUCAAAGCAUCUCAUGAAUGAAAGACAUUUGAGAUGAAAAUGAUCACACAUUUCAACAACAGAAAUUAAGGACUUAAUGUAGAUUCUGGCUUUCUCACACACUACCAAAACUUUAUAUAAACACACAUAUUAAUGUCUUAUAUAGUUCUUGUUCAAUAUUCACACUUCACCUUUAUUGUAUCAAUUUAUAUACAUACAUAUAUACAGCUAUUUACUUGCAUGCCCUGCUGUUUUUUUUUUUGUUUUUUUUUUCAACUAGCUUAUUGACUCUCCUCUGUUUAUUUACUUUUUCUGGCUAUCCUCAGUCAACCUGCACCUUUCAUUUUCAGGCACAUCUUCUGCUAUUUAUGACACCCCACUCACCCCCACCCUUCUUCCGCUUCUCUAACAUUAGUUGUUUGAAGUGUUAAACUUUUUCAGAUUUAUCAGUAUUCCUUCAGACCUGAAGAAGAGAGGAAAACUCUUGAAAGCUUGUCUUUGAAAUAUUAUUUUAGUCCAAUAAAAAAGGUAUCAUUGCAUACUGCAAUACUCUGGCAUUUUGGCAUCUUGUCUACUGGACUAAUACAGCUAAUCCAACAUACAUUCAUACAUACAUACAAAAAAAAUAAGUCCUGCGCUCAAAGUCCCAUCACUUCUCGGCGGCACCAAUGACCAUAGUACAAAUCAUAUUACAAAGUACAUAAUACAAAUACAUACAGUAAAAACCAAUGAAAAAAGUUACCUGUGCUCUUCCCAAAUCCCUAUGCAUAUUUAAACAAAUGGAGUUUAUUUAGUUUCUCCAAUGGCCAUGAGAGACUUGAAGGCAAACCUCUCAGGUGGGUCCUGCACUAACCUUUCACCUUGCUUCCUUGAGCUUCUGGCAACGAUAUCUCUAAUGAGACAAAAAGGGGUAUUUGUUUUAUAUACACCCCUACAUGCUUAUUAACUCCUAAUAAGGAACAAAUGGGAUCUCUCAUGGCCAUUGGAUAAACUAAAUAACCUCCAUUUGUUUAUAUAUGUGUAUUUGUGGUCAGAAUUUAAUUCGUAUAUGGAAAUAGAGAACAGGGGGAAAGUGGUAGUGGUGUGCCGAAACCAACGUACGGGUAUGCUUGUAGUAAAGAGGGUCCACCAGAGGUAAUGUAAUGAUGGUAGUAAGUUGUGACAGAACCAUCUGCCUGUGAAAUACUUUUAUUGUUUCCUCAUUCAUCUGUUUGUCUGGCUAUUUCCCUGUCCGUACAGUCCCCACGCUUGUUUCUUUCAUACCGAACAAUUCACUGAACGGCCGGCCACCCAGCAUUGAAGUGUGCUGAUGGUUAACCUCUUGGCAUCAUUAGAACAUUGUGGUUAACCGCAGACACUUCCUAAUUGUCAAAUGCUGACUGGGUUGUCGUCGUUCGUGUGCCGACCAUGAGCCGGCGGCCAUCUUGGACAUACGAAUGUUCAGUGGUGUUUGUCGACGAUUUCAGGGAACUAAAAAUGGACACCGUUUCUCAUGAACAUUGCUGAAGCCGCCGACCUCCCUUUUUCUAUUUCUCCAGCAUACGAACGCCGGUCCGUUCGGUAGUUUCUUCUCCUGAAUAGACUUAUCCCAGAUAGCUGUGCCAUGGAGCAAAUUCGUAUAACGAAAAACUAUGUGAAAGACUUUGGCUUGAUGGCGAUUGAACUGUGUGUAUAGGAUCUGAGUGCCAUUCAGUAAUAAGUUGCACUCAGAUCCAAGCUAUCUGGGGAUGUGUUGAAUGUACCUAUUGUGUUCGGUAGUUUUGUAUUGUAUUUUUUGUAUGUAUUUUUAUGUAUUUUCAUUACUCUGUAUAAAAUGGAGUUUAGCCUCUGUCCUCGGAGAUAAUUGAGUUACUUCCCAAUUAUCUCCAGGACAGAGAGGAGGGUCCUAUACAGCAAAAGAGGAGUGUUUAUGUCUUCAACCUUGGCUAAUGUACACAUAUUGUCACAGUUUUCCACCAGGUCCCCUAGGGGAGUGUCCACCUGGUGGAAAUCCUGCAUAAAUACCUGCUGACCCUCAAUACAGAGUUGUGUCUUGUACUUGGGGGGAUUUAUUCGUAUGGUUACUCUCGUUCAGAUGUUUGGAGUGUGUAUGAUUCGUAUGGUUCUUUUUCAGCUGAUUGGAGUGAUUGGUAGUUACCUUCGUAUUCGGGAAAGGAGCAUCUUACACGGUUUUAACCCCUUUCAUACCUGGGGUACCAUAACAUAAGUUAUUAGAAGGAGUGGUGGGAGGGGACGCUCUAACAGGAAACAGCAUAGGUAAGCAGGGUGGUAGAGCUUAUAUAUAUAUAUAUAUAAAACUCCUCCCAUAAAUUCAGGCCUAAGGUCUUUUACUUUUGGUCAGAACUUAAUUCAUAUAAGGAAAUAGUGAAGUGUGCAGAAAGCAACGUACAGGUAGGCCUGUAAUAAAGAGGGCAAAAGAUAUUGCAGAAAAACACACUUUAUUGUAUAAUUACAAUGCUAAACAUUUAAAAGUUUUCCUGAGUUCUUUCUCGGGAUGUGUAAUAGACAGAGGAUUUCCAUCUGCCCGGUCUUUUAAUGAUAUGGACUGGUGUGUCCAUACUGGAGGCUGCGGUGGCUACCCCAAUUCUGAAGUUGUGAAGAAGUGCCCUUCGCCACUUGGUCCUGGAGAGGCCUGCUUGCCAGCCUCCUUGUCUUGUGACUAUGGCCCCUGGGAGAGUUUGCCCUUUAUAAACAUUAUUUGGGCUCAUUGGAUUGUAACACACUUUUUAUACACCUUUAAUUCCAUGAGAAAAUGUGCCUCUAUCCCUUCCCCCAUUUUGUCCCAUUGUUCUCCAGCAGGGCGUUGUCCCAGGGACACUGCCAGACCAGUUUAAACUUGCCGCUUUGUCCCUCCUCAAUCUCUCAUCAGCCCUUGCUAAACUUUAACCCCAUGGUGAUUUUAUUCUGUUCUUAGGAUCUGAGCGCUCAGAUUCAAGCUAUUUGUUCAGUAUGAUAGGAGUUAUGUAUUUUUGUGUAUUUUUGCUGUUGUUGUGAAUAGAGAUUUUUUUCUGUAUUCUGGAGAUAAUUGGCUUACCACACCCAAGCCAUGCUUGCAGUCGAUUAAUUGGACUUCCAUCUAUCUUUUGAACUACUGGACCAAUUUGUAUGAUUUUGACAUAUGUUUGUAUUUGGAGUAUGCUGAUUCUGAAAAUGUAUGUAUACUUUUGAAGUUAUGAAUAUUGUGUAAAACUGCGUAUUUUACCGCCUGUGAUAAUUAUGUUAGCCCAUUGUGUUCAGUAAUUAUAUCACAGGCAGAGGGGAGGAUUUUGCUGUAAUGACUGUAUUGUAUUGUGUUUGAUUGGCUGUUCCACAAGACCAUGUGGGUGGAAACUGUGUGUAACAACUUGCAUAAAAGAAAGCACUUUGCUGCCAUAAAAAAAGAUCUUCUUGACCCUCAACACGUGAUUGGAGGGAACUGCUAUAAUCACUGGGGUUUGCUAUGCUCUGCAUACUCCCUUGAGCUUUAAAUCACCUAGCUCUUCUAAGAGCUGUUCCUGAUAUGCUCUCCUGGAGGAGAGGUCUUCCCCACACAGUCCUGGAUGCUGGAGGUUCAUACAGGGUGGAAGGAAGAGGUCUUUCCCACACGGUCCUGGAGGACAGAAGCUGAUCCAGGGUAGAAGUUUCCCUGAAGGCCGGUAAGGCAAGAGUUUCUUGAGACCAAACAUCCCUGAGGCAGUGGUUACCAAAAAUUGCAGUAAACCCCGAGUGGGCUGCUGCAUCAGUCCAAAUAACAGUGGAGUGCUUGGUCAGUGGGGGAAUGAACAUGGAGAUGCCGUUCCACUCUGCGAUGAAGUUCUUCCACAUGAGUAAAUCGGCUACGGCUGGGGGGUUGAGGACUAUGGUGCCAUCAUCAGGCACACUGGGUAGGAGGCAGAGUAACCUGGAGAUGAAGGAUCUCCCCUGUGGAAUUAUACGUAUUACUAAAUUAAGGUAUCCCAGUAGAGACUGGAGAUCCCUCCGUGUACCAGUACCUUUUUAGAAGAACUGGUCCAGUUCAAGUCUACUGCGCACCAAUUUCACAUCAAUAGAUACCCAGGAAUACCAACUGUGCUGUGGGGCCUAUUGUUUUGUCAGGGGACAAUGGAACACCUAGUGCCGAAAACAGUGGAGCCGAAAUUGAGUCUGGUCAGAGAGACGGAUGGAUCGGUAGUAAUUUGAAUGCGUUAGUUAUAUCCGUCUUACUGAGCAUGGCUUUUUCACCGGCCAGUAGAAUAGCAUGUAUGGCAUGAUCCAUGGAGGCAUAAUGAAGAGAGAAUUCUUCAGCCGGUAUUAAUGAAUUUAAACUAGGGUGUUUAGAAGAAUGAGGUGCGCACAAAUUGAUGAUCAAACGUUUUUUUAUUAGAUGUGCUGUUGGUUACCACUCCAAUAGGGUUUGAACGCCAUGUGGAAAAAGGAGAGUGCAAAAAAGGACCAAUCAUAAACCUGAAGUGGUCGCUCUCCAUAACAACUCAUCAACAGCAGAUGGGUCAUCUGUAGCCGAGAGUAAAUUAGGGCAUUCUAGUGUGGCUGUUGGGAGUGCUACUAACCCUGUGUGGAAACCCUCAGAAAAAAUAGAAAUCCAAUAUUGCACCAAGUGGGGGGAGGUGUGGGUGUGUAAAUUGUAAGCUAAGGUGUCGAUGUUCACCUCUGUCAGUUGUUUCCUAGGGAGAAGCUUAGAAAGAAACAUGUAUUUUGUGUGUGCCCUGAAGCAGAUGGAGCAAAUAUGUAACAACCUGCAGGCAUUGUAGUUACAUGCUCCCGCAUUAAAGUUGUUGCAUAUGUGCGCCUUGCCCAGGAAUAUGACUGGUCAGCCCGGCUUAUCUCUCUGUCCCCUAACCUGACUGACAGAGGGGUGGAUGGAGGGGAAUUAAGUGGAGGGGUGAGUGGAGGGGUAGGAAGUGGAGGGGUGAGAUGUAGAGUGUUCUGCUUUGCAGGGACACAAGUUGGAGGAGUGUGAGGUAGAGGAACAAACCGCACAAGACGGGGGUCUCAAGUCGGCGAAAUGUCUGCAGAACAGCCAACUGACUCCAAUCGAUGCAAGUGUUGUACUGGGCUAGAGCCGCUGCUGCCUUAGAUGAAACCGACCUGUGAUAAUCACAGAAAGCGAAAUCCCUGUACUUGUGCCCCAGGUCCACCACCUUGUGUAAAAAGAGGUCAUAUUCCUCUCACCUCUGAGGGUAUACAGAGCAGAUGACAUCUCUGUAUAGUCUGAAGCCGAGAACGAAUUUGAGGAUGGAGAGCUUUUUAUGAAGACGUGGGUCCCUUGUUUUGAGGAUUGCAGACAUGUCUUCGUAACUAAAAUCUCUAUUUUCUAAAAUAUCCUGCGAAGCAUUAAGGAGAGUGACUAGACUGGCAUUUUUGCAGUGUGAAGUGGAGGGAGUGAUAGUAAUGUCCCUACAUAGCGUGUUUGACGGUGCAGGUGCUGGGCCUGGAGUGUGAGGUGCAUUUAUAACCAUAGGGAUUAUGGUUUCUAUCUUGGUCAUUCUUGGUCAUUCUCUCAUUUAGUGACUGAAGGGUAGACAAGAUGGAUGACAAAGUGUCUUGAAACUGUCCCAAACAGCUGACAUUGGACUCCUGAGAACUUGAGCCGGGCCUGGGAUCAUUGGACUGGACCGUUAAUAAUUUAAAGAGUUCUGCUUUCCUAGUUGUGGCUGGGAAAGGAACGUUACUAGUGCGUAGUUCUGCUGCCAAUUUAGGAAUGGUCCAAGAUCUCAGAGACCCGGGGGUAGCGUUAUGAGAGAUUCAGCUGGUGAGAUAGGUUUAACUGGGCCUGGAGGGAGAGCCCUGGAGAGACAUGUUGUCUUUAUGGAGUGAUUCUUGUGACUCCCUAUGAAGAGAGUCACAAUACUUUGAGCCAAUGGUGAUUGUAGCGGAACCUGGGUAACCUGGCUUUUUAUCCCCUUUGAUUAGAAUAGGUCAGACCCAUUUCCCCAGUAACUGGACGGAACACAGUUCCAGGAUGCAAUGUUUGACAAUCUUUAUUUGGGCACACAGCUUUUUAUGCACAGACCUCCGCAGGGGGUCUCCAUCCAACACAACACACAACACAUACAAGAGGGGGCUGGUGAAUAGAUAACCAUCUCCCACUCUGGGAGAUACUAACUAGACACAGGGACACGCAUGAAUACCAUUUACAUUCAGGGGGAUAUAAUUUUGGGCUCGCCCCCCCAGGACAGAAAGAGGUUACAGAGUUAACACUUACAUAGCUAAAUAGCAACAGACAAUCAACUGAAAGGGCGUGAACCAAAUCGCGGCAAUCAGCAUUCAGGGGAGGACGGAGGAAGGGCGCGAAACUUGGCUGCACCAAUUGGUGCUCGGGAAGGAGGGGGGGUUUCGCCACCCAAUCAGGGGAAAGGGCGCGAAACUCGAUUGCACCAAUCCGCUGAAAGGGGGGAUUUUGCCGCUCAAUCAGAAGAAAGGGUGCGAAACCCAGUUUGAACAAGCACUCCUUCUCUGAUUGGUCGCUGCAGGGAGCGGGCGACAAAUCAGCACUUUACUUGUGCCGACCAACCAGGAGAAUGGGCAUUCCUUCUCCCAUUAGUCAACACAGACUUCCAUGCAGCCAGUGGGAGCCCUGCGGCCGUGAGACCAACUCACAGCCCCAGGAACUCCCUGUUGGCGUGCGUUCCUCUCUCCGGUGGAUACCCACACUCAGGCAUCCGCCGGAGAGAGCAUUCUCCUGGGCAGCCACGAGCCUAGCCUCAUAGUAACAUGGUAUGUGAUAGACACUGUGACAGAACCAUCUGUAUGUCUAUUGUGGUGGAUUCGUCUAUUUUGCCCUUUCGUGUAAGUGGCUGUUUCUAUAGCCCAGCCAUAAGAAUGACUUUGUUUUACCAAACAAACCUACCGAACGGAUGGCCACCCAGGAUAGAAGGUUAACCUCUUGAUCCCAAUUAGAACGUUGUGGUUAACCGCAGACACUUCUCAAUUAAACCGAAUUCAGGGUGGCCGUCAUUCGCAUGUCGACCACAAGGCAAUGGCCAUUUUAAAACACACAAAAGACCAGCGGUGUUCGGCACUGAUUUCAUGGAACUAAAAACGGUCCCUUUUUCUGCCGAACACCGCUGAAACAACGGGUCGCCUGGCUGCCCCGACGAAAGCGGACGAACACCGGCCGUUCGGGAGUUUUACAUCACACAAAAAGACUUAACCCAGAUAGCCUUCCUAUGGAGUCAAUCGCAUACCGAAAGACUGUAAGGACUUUGACUCUAUGGCGAUUGAACUAUGCGUAUGGGAUCUGAGCGCUAUUUGCCAAUAAUAUGCCCUCAGAUCCAGGCUAUCUGGGGAUAUGUGAUGCAAAUGUGAAAUGUUCAGUUGUUAUAAAGUUAUGUAUUUUUAUGUAUUUUCUGGUCUUUUACUUAAAAUGGCGGUGUCUUUGUCCUGGAGAUAAUUUAAUUACUUCCCAAUUAUCUUCAGGGCAGAGGGGAGGAAACCAUACUGCAUUGUGGGAAAAGCUUGUGACUGUAUGUCUGUUAUGUCCUCAUGUCCAUCUGUAAUUCCAGUCUCCCAUUUGGUCCCCUAGGGGAGUGUCCACCAAGUGGGAGACCUGCAUAAAUACAGGCAGGUAGCCCACAGUAAAGCCAGAUCCUGUUUGACCCUCAAUGCGGAGCUUUGUCUCGUUAUUGGGGGGGAUUUAUUACUGAUGCCUAGUGACUGAUUACUGGAACCGAAAGCUGCUUGGUGGAUAUCUUUGUUCGGCGGUUAGCGGCGGUUCGUGGAUUUCUGUUCGGGAGUUUGCAACCUUUCACGGAUCCCGGUCGGGAGAUUACCGCUUCCCCUGAUGGUGGUUUGUAUACUGCAGUCUAUGCAAAUGGAGUUACUGAUAUUGCGAAAGGGGAAGGUUAACUAAAUGGCGGUUUCUCUCAAAGACACCAGGGGUGUCUUAACAAUUGGUGGCAAGCGACGGGAUGAAUCCCACAGCACAGAAGGUCAGCUACACAUCCCAAUUUGGUGGAGGAAAUGCAGUAUGAGGAAUUAAGGCGUGCUACCCUUAAAGACAUACUUGAACGCCGAGGAUGGUCAGCAAGCAAUUUGAAAAAGCGAGAAAUUAUUGCUUUGCUACUGGAGAUGGAUGCAGCACAGAGAAUGGAGAGAGCUAAUGUGCCCAGCAUUUUGGAUUUAACACCCGAGGAGAUACAGUUUAACCGGGCAGUUCACAUAAGGCUGGCACACUUUGGCCCCAACCCCUCAGCAGACAUUGUGGAACGUGUGCAAUCAGCGGUGAUGGCACACCAAGCGCUCCAGGAAAGAGGAGCUGCAGCAGUAGAGGUACCCAAUAACAAUUUUGGAAGAAAAAAGGUACCCUUUGCUGCGUUUAAAAAUGUUAUUGAAACAGAGGGAGAGAUUGACGGGUUCCUGGCUGACUUUGAAAGGCAGUGUGUACCAGGUACCCGCUGACGAAUGGGUCACCAUCCUCUCUGGGAAAUUAUCCAGCCGGGGCUAGUGAAACAUUUCGGGCCAUCCCAGAGGAGGAGAUCACCAGCUACCGAGUGAUGAAAGAUGCGCUCUUAGCCAGGUACGCGGUCACCCCAGAAGCAUACAAAACGACGAUUUAGGGAGACUAACAAGCAGGUUGGCGACUCCUAUGUAGAGUGGGCCUGCAGGGUCCACCGUACCGCAGCCCACUGGAUGGCAGGAUGCCAAGCGGUAACUGGGGAAGAGGUAAUGCAGGUGUUUUUGCAGGAACACUGCUUCGACAGGUUACCUGCCGGGGUCAGAGAGUGGGUCAGAGAUAGAAAACCCUCUACCCUACCCGAGGCUGCCCGUCUGGCAGACGAAUAUACAGAUGCCCGCAAGUUGGACAGUACAGCUACCAAGGUUUCUGCCAGAAUGGAGUACUGACCAACAGCAACCCCAGCACCAACCGCAUACCAACCAACAGUACACCGCACUCCAGCAGUGCCGCUAGCGAACAAUUACACGCAACCCUCCCGGGUUUCAUUAAGAACAGCUACAGCAGCCUUUGGACUUGAGUAAGGGACUAACAACCCUCUUAACAACCCUUAAAUAGGGACAUUUACAUUUUGAAAACAGUGGUUUAGUAUCCUUUGACUGUGAGCCCAGUGAACAGGUAGCAGACAGUCAGGCUGUUAAUUUAAUAUGAGGUCCAUGCAAAAAAGUUAACAAAACACUGCAGUGCUUUAGAGGGAAAAGAACUGCAGUGGUACCUGUGACAAAUUGCGCAUCGCCACUGGGUUUUGGAGAGGCGUGCUUGCCAGCCUCUUGCCCUGUGACUAUGGCCCCUGAGGUGUAUUGUCUUAUAAAAACUCAGUUUAUGCAGAUUAGAUUCUAAAGUACUGUUUCUGCUCCUUUAAGAAUUUUGGCAAGGAUUUGCACUUUCGAAGUGGCACUUCGGAUACAACCGAAUUUCUGAAGUAGUCGAAGUGGCCACCAUUAUUUUUAUUCAGUCGUAAGCGUUCAGCAGUGUUUGUUCGUCGAAUUCAUGGAACUCAAAUCGGAUACACGAUAACACGAACAACGCUGAACUUUACCUUCUCCAGACUUCAACACUUCGACGGAAAUGAAGUGCGUUCGACAAUUCGAAUGCCACUUUAACUUUGAGUAUUUUCACGAAUGGACCCUGUUCGUGCAUUCGAAUGGAACUUAGUAUUUGAACUAUUGGAAAUAGACCGGCUGCACAGCCAAAUUCUCUGGAACUGUUUUGGGCAUGAAAAUGUGCGUUCAGUCAGUCAAAUAUGACUUCCACAAACCUUUUGAACCCCUGCUCUGAUCUGUGUGAUUUUUUGAUAUGUUGUUCGCCUAGAUCAGAGUUAUCCAGGGAUGUAUAAUUUAUGGGGAUAUGUUUGUGUUUUGUGGUGUUUCUGGACUUUGGGUAAAAAUGGAUAUUUUCUGCCUGUGGAUAAUUAGGUUAUUCCAUUAGCUAGCUUAAUUAUUUAACAGGCAGAGGGGAGGGAUUGCUGACUGCAUGUGGGAGUGUUACUGUACUAAUUGUUGGUUCUAUUGGUUCGCGUCCCUUUUGUCCCAGUUUACCAUCAGGUCCAGGGGGUGUGCCUUUGGCCUGAAAAUGUAUAUAAAAGAAAUGCCUUUGUGUUGAUUAAACCAGACCUUCUUACCCUUUAACUCGCAGCCUCGUCUCGUGUUGUAGGGAACAGCUAUACCUGCUGUAUCACUGCUAGCUCUUAUAAAAUCUCUCUUCAGCUAUACAACUAUACUCUCCUGGAGGAGAGGUCCUUCCCUCAGCUAUACCCUCCUGGAGGAGAGGUCCUUCCUACACAGUCCUGGGUCCAGAGGUUGGACAAGGGUGGGAAGGUAAUGGCGAGACCCCAACCAAGCUACGGCGGUUCGUCGAAUCUGCGGUGGCUAUGGUGUCUGGUGCGGUGCUGAUGUUCCUUGGUAAGCGCUAGGAGUAUCGAUUGGUGGACGGUCCAUCAGAGUACCCUACUCCCAAAUACCCCUAAAAGAAGGCACUUACAUUUUGAAAUCACAACAGUGGUAGCAGCAGCUUUUGGACAUAUGAGCCCAGGAAAGAGGUAGCAGUGGUAGACAUUCAGGUAGUCACUUUAAUGUGAAAUUGUUGUUUCUUUCAGUGCCAAAGCCAACUGCUACUUUUCCUCCAUUACCCUUUUCUCCUGCAUCUCAUGCACUUUUUUACUUAGACUGUCUUUCAAUAGAGGAAGGGCAUUUCUCCGCAUAGCCAGAUUCCCCAUCAUCUCAUGCACUUUAUUACUUAGACUGUCUUUCCAUAGAAGAAGGGCAUUUCUCCGCAUAGCCAGAAUGAACUUUGUUCUUGGAUCACAAAUGGUGGUCUGCAUUUACUAAGAAACAUAGAAUGUGACGGCCGAUAAGAACCAUUCGGCCCAUCUAGUCUGCCCAGUUUUCUAAAUACUUUCAUUCCCUGAUCUUAUCUUAUAGCUAGGGUAGCCUUAUACCUAUCCCCUGCAUGCCUAAACUCCUUCACUGUGUUAACCUCCACUACUUCAGCUGGAAGGCUAUUCCAUGCAUCCACCACCCUCUCUGUAAAGUAAUACUUCCUGAAAUUAUUUUUAAACCUUUGUCCCUCUAAUUUAAGAGUAUGUCCUCUUGUUGUGGUAGUUUUUCUUCUUUUAAAUAUAGUCUCCUCCUUUACUGUAUUGAUUCCCUUUAUGUAUUUAAAUGUUUCAAUCAUAUCCCUCAUGUCUCGUCUCCAAGCUAUACAUGCUAAGAUCAUUUGACCCUUCAUUGUACGUUUUAUCCCGUUAUCCAUGAAUCAGGUCAGUAGCCCUUCUCUGAACUCUCUCCAAAGUAUCAAUAUCCUGCUGAAGAUACGGUCUCCAGUACUGCGUACAAUACUCCAAGUGAGGUCUCACCAGUGUUCUAUGCAAUGGCAUGAGCACUUCUCUCUUUCUACUGCUAAUAAUUCUCCCUAUGCAACCAAGCAUUCUGCUAGCAUUUCCUGCUGCUCUAUUACAUUUACUGCCUACCUUUAAGUGAUCUAAAAAGAAUUAUUCCUAAAUCCAGUUCCUCAGAUGUUGAGGUUAGUAGGGUAUCAAAUAUACCCUUGGGUUUGUAUACUAUCCUUACCUUUUUGAGUCAUUUACCCCACUUCCUCUAGCAUGUAAGCUCAUUGAGAAGGGCCCUCAACCCCUCUGCUCCUGUGUGUCCAACUUGUCUGGUUUCAACUACACCCAUUGUAAAGCGCUGCUGAAUUUGAUGGCGCUAUAUAAAUAUCAUAAUAAUAAUAAUAUGUCUAAAUCUUGCACUUAUCCACAAUAAAUGUCAGCUGACCAAUUUUCUAGUUUUCUUAAAUCAGCCGUUUGGCUUAUCCCUCCUGUUAUCAACCCUGUUACAUAUCUUAGUAUCAGCAUCAAAAAGACAUACCUUACCAUCAAGACCUUUUGCAAUAUCAAUAAUAAAAAUAUUAAAGAGAAUAUGUCCAAGUACAUAUUCCCGAGGUGCUCCACUGGUAACAAUUCAUGCUUAGAAUAUACUCCAUUGACUACAAACCCUCUGUUGCCUGUCAUUCAGCUACUGCCUAACCCAUUCAACAAUAUUGAUAAUCCAAACUUAAAGAUUGCAGAUUACUGAUGAGCCUUAUAUGUGGAAUAGUGUCAAAAGCCUUAUUGAAAUCUAGGUAAGCAAUGUCUACUGCACCACCCUCAUCUAUUAUUUUAGUUACCCAAUGAAAAAAUCAGAUUAGAUUAGUUAAUGGAUAGAUAAGAUUAGUUUGGCAUGAUUUCCGUGAAGUAAACCCGUGUUGUCUCUGAUCUUGAAAUCCAUGUGAUUUUAGAUGUUCAACAAUCCUAUCCUUUAACAUGGUUUCCAUUACUUUCCACAUUACUGAAGUAAGGCUUACUGGCCUAUAGUUGCCCUACUCCUCCCUACUACCUUUCUUUUGAAUGGGCACAACAUUUGCUAACUUCCAAUCUGCUGGGACUACUCCUGUUAACAAUGAUUGGUUAAAUAAAUCUGUUAAUGGUUUUGCUAGUACACCACUAAGCUCUUUUAAUAACUUUGGGUGUAUUCCAUUAGGCUCCAUUGACUUUUUUGUCUUUACUUUUGACAGUUGAAAUAUAACCUCUUCCUCUGUAAACUCACAUGUAACAAAUGACUAGUGAUGUCCCGAACCGUUCGCCAAACGGUUCGCGAAUGGUUCGCCACGGACUCAUCACUGCAUAAACUUUGACCCUGUACCUCACAUUCCAGCCAAUCAGCAGCAGACCCUCCCUCCUAGACCCUCCCACCUCCUGGACAGCUCACUAAGAAUGCAGCUUCACAAUGAAUGUAAAAUGGAUGCUGUCCAGGAGGUGGGAGGGUCUGCUGCUGAUUGGUUGGAAUGUGUCUGCUGACUGUGAGGUACAGGGUCAAAGUUUACUCAAUGAUGAGUCCGUGGUAAACCGUUUGCGAACCGUUCGGCGAACCAUUCGGGACAUCACUACAAAUGACUAAUUUGUCCUUUUUCCUUACUGAGGUCCUUCUCCUUCAUUUUCAUCUGUAAAUACUGAACAAAAAUAUUCAUUAAGGCAGUCAGCUAAACCUUUAUCCUCUUCAGUCAGCUAAACCUUUAUCCUCUUCCUUCUUUUCUUUUCAAACUAACAAAUCAUUGUUUUACUUUCUUUUUCUCAUUUAUGUAUGUAAAAAAUGUGUUGUCCCCUUGUUUUACUGACUGUGCUAUUUUCUCGUCUGUAUGUAAUUUGGAAGUUCUUAUAAUUUGCUUUGCCUCUUUCUGCCUAAUUUUAUAGAUCUUCCUCACUCUGGCUUUUUUAUAUUUACUAAAUGCUAACUUUUAGUUUUUUACUAAUUCUGCGGAAUACCACAAUGGUUUCUUAAUUUUUUGCUUUUACUGACAAGCCUAAUGCAAUUUUCUGUUGCCUUCAGCAGUGCAACUUUUAAAUAAUCCCAUUUGUAUUGGACUCCAUUUAAACUGCUCCAGUCUGAUAAUGACUCCUGUGCACAUAUUCUAAUUUUAGAAAAGACUGUUUUUCUAAAGUCUAGAACUUUUUUUUUUUGUGUGCUGUGACUCAGUCACUGUUCUUAUAUUAAACCACACUGACUGGUAUUUUUUUUUGCUUUUACUGACAAACCUGAUGCAAUUUUCUGUUGCCUUCAGCAGUGCAACUUUUAAAUAAUCCCAUUUGUAUUGGACUCCAUUUAAACUUCUCCAGUCUGAUAAUGACUCCUGUACAAAUAUUCUAAUUUUAGAAAAUACUGUUUUUCUAAAGUCUAGAACUUUUGUUUUUGUGUGCUGUGACUCAGUCACUGUUCUUAUAUUAAACCACACUGACUGGUAAUUUUUUGCUUUUACUGACAAGCCUAAUGCAAUUUUCUGUUGCCUUCAGCAGUGCAACUUUUAAAUAAUCCCAUUUGUAUUGGACUCCAUUUAAACUGCUCCAGUCUGAUAAUGACUCCUGUACACAUAUUCUAAUUUUAGAAAAGACUGUUUUUCUAAAGUCUAGAACUUUUGUUUUUGUGUGCUGUGACUCAGUCACUGUUCUUAUAUUAAACCACACUGACUGGUAAACCCAAGUUGUUCUAAACUUCCACCUACAGUAAUAUCUGAUAUCAAAUCUCCAUUUGUUAACAAUAAAUCUAGUAUGGCCUCCUUACAAGUUGUCUCCUCAAUGACUUGUUUUAGAGACAAUCCCAGUAGGGAGUUUAGAAGAAGCAGCUGUUUUGGUUUCCCAGUUUCCUCAAAUAGUAGAUUAUCUAACUCUUCUAUUUAUCCUGGGAGCCUAUAAAUCACACCUACACGAGUUACUGUGUGAUUACCAAAUUCUAACGUAAUCCAAACGGACUCUAUAUUCGCCUCACUUACUUUUAUGAGGCUAGAUUUUAGGCCACCCUCUCUUGCCUUCCCUGUCUUUUCUACAUAUGUUCCAGUAAUUUUUCUCAUUAUACCAUGUCUCAGUAUUCCCUACACUGCGAACAUUUGUAGACAUGACUCUAAGCUUAUCAUUUUUUUAACACAUUUGCUACAGACACUUUCUGUCCUUGUUCUUGUUUUGAGGGCAAUCUGAUUUAUGUUUUAUCACCCUUUUGCCCCCUCCACUCCUAGUUUUAAUAUUUCCUAGCAAAACCUCUGAACUGCUCACUGAGAAUAUUUGUUCCCUUUUGAGAAAGAUGCAAACCAUACAAACAUGCAUAAGCUUUUUGUACAGUUUAUUUCCAUUCCAAAUAGAGCUACCUUGAGAAAUGAAGCCACAAGUUAAAGUCCCUAAUACGCAUCUGUAACAAAAACCCCCAGUUAACCAGCAUAAUGGCUGCUUAUAUAUAUAAAUAUAUAUAUGUGAACUUAGACUAUUUGUUGUUUUGCCUUCAGUAAUCGUUUACUUGGUCUCAUGGACUUUUAUUUGGACUAGUGCUGGCUCUUUCAAAACAGUGUAUGGACAUAUUGAAACUUUUGGGCCACUUUUUCUGCCCCUUUGAAUCCAGGGGAAGGUGUGCCUCUUCCCCUCCCCCUGUCUCAUUGUUCUCCAGCAGGGCGUUGUCCCAGGGACACUGCCAAACCAGUUGGAACUGGCUGCUUUGUUCCUCCUUGGUCAAAAUAUGACUUCCACCUAUCCCCUGAACCACUUAACCGAUUCAAGUGAAUUUUGGAUAUGUUUGUCCCCAAAUUAUGCUGGUUAUAAAAAUACAAGUUUUAUUGAUAUCGCAUGUAAACUCACAAAGUCACAAAAAUGGCAUAAAAGUAUGUUUUUUUAGCUUGGAGAUAAUUGAGUUGAUACAGUAAUUAACUCAAUUAUCUCCCAAGCAAAGGGGAGGAUUCUCAUUGUAAAAAUUUUUGGCUGUUAAAUUUACAGUUCCAGUGCCCCACAAGGUCCACGUAGGUGGUAACCUUGCUGGGAAAGUUUAUAUAAGCAGGAAUAAACGCUCGUUGGAGUCAGUUCUUCUUCGCCCUUCAAAACGUAGCUGUGUCUCGUUGUUGAAAGGGAAUUUGCAGCUUAAUCACUAGCUUUUUUCAGAGCUCUGCCACUCUAUUGCUCCAGGGAUCCAGCGGAUGGGACUUCACCUCUCCCCUACAGCCCAGCAUCUUGCCUGGAGGACGUCGUCAACGGCAGAUACCGCUUUCUACCCUGGAUAGCCGUUACAGCAUCCGUCUGUCAUUCUGAAUGUUAUGCACACACAGAACUUCAGAGAAUGACAGUGUGGAAGCAACCUGACGUAUAUCACUGACAAAAACCCAAAACACUUCCUUUACAUCUGAAACCUCAUUGCAAGCCAAUUUGUCCCUACAACCAAUUCCCCUUCCUGCUUUGCUAGCGUAACAAUAUUACAAAUGCAUCUCUGUAGCUCAAGGAACACAUCUCACAAGGCCACUAUUGUCCAGCUCCACACCUCUUAAUUGAAUCCUCCAACAACAACUGCUUUCUAUCAGGCCUCACUUUAUCCUUUUUGUCAUUGGUUCCAGUCUUGCACAACUUUGAAAUGGAUGGUGGGUCCACAAACUCGGUGUCUGAGCUUGUCUCCAUAACACCACCACACUUGUGCCUGAGCUUAUUUAGAUAACACCACUACACUCGGUGCCUAAGCUUGUCUCCACAACACCACUACACUUGGUGCCUGUGCCUGUCUCCAUAACACCACUGAAAAUGAAUUAUGUAGAGCAACAGACUGUGCAAUAUGCCUUUUAUCCACAACUCUAAGUCUACCAGAUCCUACAAUAAUCCAUUUGCCAUUCCUAGGAUGUCUCUGUGGCACUUUACGAAGUGUUGUUCAUUCAAACCGGAGCUGUGUUGCUGAUCCAUAACCUCAAAUGAAUCAGAAUAGAUCUGAACCCUGCACUGUGACCAGUUGUGUCACCUGAUGGGUCUGUUGUUACACUGGAGAUAUUUGGCUGCCACCAAUGUGGCAUAGCCCUGUUUAUGAAUAGAUUUCCAGAUAAUGGUUUGAACUGGCCCAAAAUAUAUUUGUAUAACGUUACCAUAUCCCCUCUGAGGCACCGUUUUUCCAAAACUAAAGAGAUUUAAAUUUUUUUAACCUUUCUUCGUAACUAAAGUGCUCCAUUCCUUUUAUCAAUUUUGUAGCUCGUCUCUGCACUUUUUCUAACAGGUUAGAACAGGUGCCCAAAAUUGCACAGCAUAUUCAAGGUGUGGUCUUACCAGCGAUUUAUAAAGAAGCAAAAUUAUAUUUGCAUUCCGAGAAUUUAUGCCUAUAUUUAUACAUGACAAAACCUUACUAGCCUUAGCAACUGCAGAUUGACAUUGCAUAUUGCUGCCUAAUUUGUUUUCUAUAACAAUUCCCAAAUCCUUCUCAUGUGUUGUUAUCCCUAAUUUCCUACAAUUAAGGAUGUAAGUUGCUUGUGCAUUCUCUACAUUAAAUUUCAUCUGCCAUUUUAGUGCCCAGUCCCCCAAUCUAUCUAAAUCCCUCUGCAGAAAAGCAAUAUCCAGCUUACACUCAUCUGCAAACACUAAAACACGGCUUUCAAUGCCUUUUUCAAGACCAUUUAUAAAUAUGAUAUCCAUCUAGACCAAUUUCUUUUAGUUUGAAGACUAACCUAUUGUGAGGAACCAUAUCAAAUACCUUGGCAAAAUCCAAGUAGAUCAUAUCCACUGCAACACCAGGAUCUAUACUUCUACUUACUUCUUCGUAUGAUGCAAUUAGGUUAGUUUGACAUGACCUUCAAUAAAACCAUGCUGAUUAUUGCUAAUAACAAAGUUCUUCCAAAUUAGUUCCAGACUUUUAUCCCUUAAUAGCCCUUCAAAGGUUUUCCCAGUCACAGAAGUUAAGCUCACAGGUCUAUCAUUUCCAGGCAAGGAUUUUGAACCCUUUUUAAAUAUAGGAAUGACAUCUGCCUUCCUCCAAUCCUCUGGUACAAUACCUGAAACAAAAUAAUCUUGUUUCUAUACAAUGGUAUGAGCACUUCUCUCUUACUGCUGCUAAUACAUCUCCAUGUAAAAUCAUUACAUUUACUGCCUACCUUUAAGUCAUCUAAAAAUAAUUAUUCCUAAAUCCCUUUCCUCAGAUGUUGAGGUUAGUAGGGUAUGAAAUAUUCUAUACUCUGCCCUUGGGUUUUUUGCCAUUAUCUUGCACUUAUCCACAUUAAAUGUCAGUUGCCAUAGCUCUGACCAUUUUCUAAUUUACCUAAAUCAUUUGGCAUAUGGCUUAUUCCUCCUAAACCCUGUUGCAAAUUGUAGUAUCAUCAUCAAAAAGACAUACCUUACUAUCAAGACCUUCUGCAAUAUCACUAAAAAAAAUAUUAAAGAGAAUGGGUCCAAGUACAGCUCCCUGAGGUACCCCACUGGUAAAUAGACCUUGCUUUGAAUAUACUCCAUUGACUAAAACAAUCUGUGGCCUGUCCUUCAGCAACUGCCUAAUCCAUUCCACAGUAGUGGAAUCUAAACUUAAAGAUUGCAGUUUAUUGAUGAGCCUUCUAUGUGGAAUAGUGUCAAAAGCCUUUUUCAGCUUAAAAUACUGAACAAAAAUAUUAAUUGAGGCAGUCAGCUAGACCUUUAUCCUCUUCUAUAUACCUUCCUUCUUUUGUUUUUAAUCAAACUAAUUCUUAUUUUACUUUACUUUUCUCAUUUAUAUAUCAAAAAAACAUUUUAAUCCCUUUUUUUUUACUGACUGUGCUCUUCUGUGUGUGGUUUGGAGGUUCUUAUAUCUUUCUUUGCCUCUUACUGCCUAAUAUUAUAGAUCUGCCUGUCUUUCUUACUCUGGGUUAUUUUAUGUUCUGUUGCUUUUAGUAGUGCAACUUUUAAAUAAUCCCAUUUCUCCUGGUCUCCAUUUAAACUGCUCCAGUUUUAUAAGGACUUCCUUAUGCAUAUUCUAAUUUUAGAAAGGUCUGUUUUCUAAAAUCUAAAACUUUUUUUUCUGUGUGGUGUGUGUAGCGGAGACCUAUUUUCCCAUAGAGUUCUCCACUGGUAUUAGAACAGUGAAGCAGGAACAAGAAGUUAACCCAGGAUAAACAGCAUCAAUGAUAACAAAAUAAUCCAGUAAUAUCCCAUUAUAGAAAACAAAUGAAACGAAAAUGACCUUAUAACACGAAUAUUGAAGACAGCCCAACACAAUCCGCUACAGUGUGACUCACUUUUCUUAUAUUAAACCACACUGACUGGUGAUCACUAGAUCACUAGAUCCUAAACUUUCACCUACAGUAAUAUCUGAUACUAAAUCUCUGUUUGUUAACACUAAAUCGAGUAUGGCCUCCUUAUGAGUUAGCUCCUCAACGACUUGUUUUAGAGAUAAUCCCAGUUGGGAGUUUAGAAGAUGCUUGCACUCCCUGCACAAGCAGCUGUUUUGGUUUUCCAGUUCACAUCAGGAAAAUUAAAGUCACCCAUGAUAAUAGUUACAUAGUUACAUAGUAACAUAUCCUGAAAAAGAGACAUGUGUCCAUCAAGUUCAGUCUUACUCACAUUUGUUUUUUACUGUUGAUCCAAAAGAAGGCAAAAAAAUCCAGUUUGAAGCACUUCCAAUUUUUCAACAAACUAGGAAACAAAUUGCCAAUUGACCCCAGAAUGGCAGUUAGAUUUAUACUUGGAUCAAGAAGCUAUUAUCUUAUAGUUAAAAAAUUAUAUAAUUGAAUAUUCUGUUUUUUCAAGUAUGCAUCUAGUUGCUGUUUAAACAUCUGUACAGACUCUGAUAAACCCACUUCUUCAGGCAGAGAAUCCGCACAUCUUUAUUUUUCUUAUGGUAACAACACCUUUUCUUUGCCUUAGACUACAUCUCUUUCUUCCAGUCUAAACGAAUGACCUUGUGUCCUAUGUAAAGUCCAGUUUGUGAAUAGAUUUCCACACAAUAGUUUGUAUUGGAAAUUAUAUUCUCAUCCCGAGAAUUAAUGCAGUUUUUCAUGUUUGGAAAAACGGCGCCUCAGAGGGGUAUGAUAACAUAAUACAAAUAUAUUCGCAGCAAGUACAAACCAUUAUCUGGAAAACUAUACAUAAACAGAGCUAUACAUAGGACACGAGGGCACGCAUUUAGGCUGGAAGAAAGGAAAUUUAAUUUUUUUUAUAGUAAGCGCAAAAGGAUAUGGAAUUCUCUGCCUGAAGAGGUGGUUUUGUCAGAAUCCAUACAGAUGUUUGAACAGCAAUUGGAUAAAUACUUGCAAAAACAUAACAUACAGGGAUAUAAUUUCUAAUUAGUGGGGAAAAAGCAUGAUGCAAGGAGAUAUCUGAAUGCUAUUUUGGGGUCAAGAAGGAAUUUUUUUCCUAGGUUGCUGCAAAAUUGGAAGCGCCUCAGACUGGGGUUUUUGAAUCAACAGCAAAAAUAUAUGUGAAGAAGGCUGAACUUGAUGGGCGCAAGUCAGGUAUGUAACUAUGUGACUAUUUAACAUAUUGCCAUGUCACAGAAAAAUCAAUCAAAAACUAAGAGUUAGUAUUUUUUAGAGGCACAUAUGUGUAACAUUGAGGAUCUCUCCAGACUUGAGGAUCUCUCCAGAUUGUUGAACAUCUAAAAACACAUGAUUGCAAGUUUUACUCAGUGUACCUUGUGCUGCAUGUAUGCAUGCCUAGAUAAAUCUGUCCAGGGUGCAUACCUCUGUGGUGGGUGUGAGCGAGUGACUUUUCUGGAAGCUCAGAUUGGAGAGCUGGAGAGGCAAAUUGCAACACUGAGGGAGAUUGACAAUCUUCCUGCAUGGCUGAAGUCUUGGUGCAGGAAAGAAGGUUUUGGGUUUUUAGAGCACUGGGCCGAUUUUGCGCUUGAGUACUGUGACGAGACUAAUCUGGCCACAUUGCAUUGGUGAAGCCUGGUUGCUCGCCUGUUACCUUUGGACUAUGGCCCCAUGUUAAAAGCCUUCUUUUCCCCUGCAGAAAAGGCUUAUUCGAUCCUUUCUGCCCGGCGGUCGGUAGAUUCAAUCUACCGAACUAACGCACGAAUGACUGGACCACCUGGGAGCUGGAGUGUGCCAUCAAUUAACCUCCUAGAAUCUGCGGUUACCUGCAGCUUAAUUGAUGAAUGCUGGGUGGCCGCCAUUCGUAUACCGAACACGAGAUCGCGGCCAUUUUAAACACGCGAAUGCACAGCGGUGUUCGACGCCCAACUCAUGGAACUGAAAACGGAUACAUUUUGGCGCGAACACCGCUGAAGCCGACCUCCCUUCUUGUUCGGUAGACAUGCACAAACGGCCCUUUAUUCGGUAGUUGUACCCGAAUACACCAUACCCCAGAGAGGAAUCCCGUGGAGCUCAUUUGUAUGAAAACUGACUUUGUGAACACUUUGGCUCCACUGCGAUUGGACUGUGUGCAUAGGAUCUGAGCGCUAUUCGGAACUUUGGUGCGCUCAGAUCCUAGCUAUCUGGGGACCUGUUGUAUGCCUGUAAAAUGUGGUAACAGUUAUGUAUUUUUAUGUCUUUUUGUUAUUGUCACCUAAAAUGGGCUCUGUCCUGAGAGAUAAUUGAAUUACUUCACAAUUAUCUCCCUGAGCAGAGCAGAGGGUUCUGGGUAAGAAAAGGGGAAUGGCUAAGUGUGUACCCUGUGAUUGGUUGCUACGAUGUCUUUGUCACAGUCUCCCAUUUGGUCCCCUAGGGGAGUGUCCACCAGGUGGGAGACCUGCAUAAAUACUGGGCAGGUAGCCCUCAUUAAAUCAGACCACUGCUUGUCCCUCAACACGGAGCUCUGUCUUGUUUUUGGGGGGAUUUACUGAUUGCUAGGAGUGUAAGCCGCUUGGGUGCUUUUCCUAUUCGUCUGCUAGCAGCUAUUUGUGAGGUUCCAGUUCGGGAGUUUGGAGUGCUAUUUUAUAUGCGGUUCGAGAGUUUGGUGUUCUGCAGUAGCUGUGCCUGUAUCUCUGGAAGGGGAAAACUUCUAAACGGUGGUUUAACCCUUUUAUGCCUGGGGGUGCCGUAACAGGUACAACCUGUAUAGUCGUUAUGGAUUGCACCUAAACGGAAGAGGGUCUGCUGUGCUGGGGGAUAGGAUGGCUAGAAGAUUGUAGGAGAUUUUAAACUAGUCAAAUCAAUCUAGAAAAUGAAGAUAGGAUAGAAAGGAGAUGGGCUUUAGCUCAGAACAAAGGGGGUGGAGAUCGGGGGAGGGGAAAGCUCAGAACAGAGGAGGUAUGUAAUAUUGAUAAUUCACAAAAAGUACAAAUGACUCAUGAUAAUAUUAACCAUGCUUACUAAUGCAAGGAGCCUAUAUAACAAAAUGGGGGAACUAGAGGCAAUAGCAUACACUAAACAAUAUGAUAUAAUAGGCAUAACAGAAACAUGGUGGGAUGAUACACAUGACUGGGCAGUUAAUUGAAAUGGGUACAUGUUAUUUAGGAAGGAUAGGAAAAACAAGAAGGGUGGUGGGGUAUGUUUGUAUGUCAACCAUGAGUUAAAGUCAAAUCUUAGGCAUGUGGAGUGUGACAAGGAAAAUGUGGAAGCUUUAUGGGUAGAUAUCUGCUUGGGGCAAACAAAGGGAAAUCAAUUAUUGGUUGGGAUAUGUUAUAAACCACCUAAUGUAAAUAUUAAUGAAGAAGAACAGCUGUUAGAGCAAAUUGGGAAAGCUGCAAAUCUGCAAAGGUAACACGUUAAUUAUUGGAGAUUUUAAUUACCCGGACAUAAAUUGGGAUAGAGGGACUAGUACUUCAGCAAGGGGAAUCAAGUUUUUAAAUGCAUUAAAUGACACCUUUAUGUCACAACUGGUACAAGCACCAACUAGAAAGGAUGCUUGUCUGGAUCUCGUUAUAACAAACAAUGUUGAUCUUUUGACCAAUAUUCAAGUAGGGGAGCAUUUGGGAAAUAGUGAUCACAAUAUGGUAAUUUUUUUUUUUUUUUUUUAGUUUUGAAGCAUGUGCAUGUUACAUCAGACAUUUCUAGACAUUUGUUAUGGCUGUAUCAUAUAGUAUGUCACAUAUGCAGUUGUUUGUCGUAGUAAUUGCAUACAGAAUUCGUCAAACCAGUUUCCAUUAUAAACAGAUACAGUACGUGGCCUUUCAUGGCCCUAUCUCCAAUAGGAUGACGGUUCGUUGAAACCAGUGCACCUUUUUUGUUCUGGAUAUAUAUAUCAUAACACAACAAGUAUAGUAAUAACAUAAUAAUGUAACAUAACAUAAUGGGGGGUAGAGAAAAAAAGAACGGGGGUGGUGAGGAGAAGGGACGGAGGGGGGGUGUUGUCAAGGUAUUCAGUUGCGCACUGUCUAUGUUAGUCAACCUCUAUGUGUGUGGUGUUCUAGGACUUGGUUCGCAUUUGCUUUCAUGUUCCUUACUGUUUGAGGGUGGCUCGGCUUUGCAUGUAUCCCACAUUUCCCAGGCCGUUACCCAAAAUUUUUUCCCGGGUCUCGUUUUUCUAGCCAUGAUUUCGUACCGUUUGGCUGAUUGUAUAAUUUGGGUGCAUGUUGCCAAUUGCGGAGUGUGUCUCGAUAACCAGUUCCUGCCUAUUAGUUGUAGAGCCGCUAUCAGAAUAUGGUACAUGAGAUAUUUAACAGAUAUUGCUAUGUUUGGAGGGAACAAUUGUAAAAGGUAUAGUUCAGGCCGAGGCGGCAUGACUAUCUUUGUAGUGGUUUUUAUCAGUUCGGAGAUUUGUGCCCAAAAGGGUACAAUUUUAGGGCAUGACCACCAGAUGUGGUAUGUGGUUCCUGGUUGGUCCAUGCAUCUCCAGCAUUUACCUGUGGAUUGGGUGUUUAUGUGUUUUAGCUUGGUUGGGACAAUGUGCCAGCGAUAUAGUAUCUUCCUGGAUAUUUCUACGUGUGAGGCGCACAUCGUUACGUUUUUAUUAGCUGAGAAUAUGUGGAGCCACUGUGUGUCGGUUAGUUUCAUAUUUAGGUCUCGUUCCCAGGCUGCGAUAAACAAGGGUUUUGUGAGAUAUGCUUUGCGGGUGAUUUCAUGGUAUAAUUGAGACAUAGGUUUAUUUGACGGUUUGGUUUGCAGACACAUUUGUUCCGCUAUGGACAAUUGCGUGGAUUGUUCGGGUUGGGCCUUUGGGGGACAGUAUUUAUGAAACCAUGAUUUUAUCUGCAUGUGAGAGAAGUGUAGUGUCUUCGGUACUUGAUAUUCAGUUUGUAGGGGCUCAAACGAGAGCAGGUUGCCUUUAUCGAGUAGCUGGUGGAGGUGUAUCACGCCAUGGGAGGUCCAUGUUUUUGCAUUAAAGUAGCCGGCGACGGGUACUCUGACGGCCAGGAUUUGGUCUGGUGUUUAUCCCAUAAGGACAGGGAUAACCUAGUUGUUGGUAGCAUAUUUCUGUAUUUGGGUCUGUGGGCGCGCGGUAACCAUGCGAGUGUGGUGAUAUCUUGUCCUUCUGUGUAAGUGAACUCAAUGACGAGCCAUUCUGGCUGGGGAUCUUGAUGGAAUGCUGUGAUUAAUGGGCUGAGAAUUGAUGCAGAGUAAUACGCCUGUAGGUGUGGGAUCCCCAGACCCCCCUGCUUGAAGGGUUUGUGUAACACGGAUGCUGCUACUCUCGCUUUUUUCUUGUUCCAUAUGAACUUGUUGAGGAGGGUCUGUGUUUCCCGGAGGAAAGUGUGUGGGAGUUGAAUGUGUAAUGUACGGAAUAAGUACUGAAGUUUGGGUAAAAGUAUCAUUUUUGUCGCUGCAAUUCGUCCCAGCCAGGAGACGUAUUUGCCUGCCCAACCCAUGAUUUGACUUUUCAGUUUGUUCACUAGUUUAGUGUAGUUUGCCUGAAACAUGGCAUGCGAUGUGGCUGUAAAUGCAACUCCUAAAAAGGUGAGGUUGUCCGUUCGCCAGUCGUAUGCGUGGGCCUUUUUUAAAUCUUGCAAAGUGCGGGAUGACACGUGCAUCCCCAUUGCUUGCGUUUUGGAAAUAUUAAGUUUGUAGUACGAGCAUGCACUGUAAUCAGUCAGGAUGUCGUGUAGAUGUGGGAGUGAUGUGUGUGGUGAUUCUAUGGAAAGCAUGAUAUCAUCUGUGAACAUUGUGAGUUUGUGUUCCACGGGGCCUAUUUGUAUACCCUUGACAUUGUGACUCAUUCUUAUAUGUUGCGCUAAUGGUUCCAAGAUCAGGAUGUACAGCAACAGGGAUAGUGGGCACCCCUGGCGUGAUCCGUUUGUAAUACUAAAUUUUUUUGAUAUAAAUCCGCUAUUGGCUACAUGAGCCGAUGGUGUGGAGUAUAGCGCCGUCAGUAGGGACAUGAAAUUGGGAGGGAAACCGAAUUUUGUUAGCGUAGCCUCAAGGAAUCCCCAGUGCACCCUGUCAAACGCUUUCUCAGCAUCCAGCGAAAGGAACACACUGGGUCUCCCCGAGGCCCGCGCGCUUGACAUCAGAUCUAGUAGUUUCCUGGUACCAUCCGAGCCCUGCCUCCCCUGACAAACCCUACCUGAUUGGUGUGUAUUACCGAAGGGAUUAUGGAAGCAAGCCUAUUUGCAUAAAUUUUUGCUAGCAACUUCGUGUCGGUAUUUAGUAAAGAAAUCGGUCUCAGGUUUUGGGGUUUGGUAGGUGGCUUCCCCGGCUUGGGCAGCGUUGCAAUGUGGGCUAUCAGCAUUUCUGACGGCAUAUAGCUUGUCGUUAUGAUGGUGUUAAACUUUUCUCUAUUUGCGGGGCUAGGGUGGAUUUGAAACAUUUGUAAUAAAUGUUCGUGAAGCCGUCUGGGCCUGAUGCCUUUCCCUGUGGUAGGGCGUCUAUAGUUUUUUCUAUCUCAGUGGCGGUGAUCGGUUGUUGGAUCAUCACCUGUUGGGUUGGGCUAAGGGAGGGGAGAUAGGCCUGUGUUAAGAAGUUUUGUAUUUCUUGAGUUGUGGGUUGAUGUGUGUUAGUAUCCUGUGCUAGAUUAUAGAGUUUGUCGUAGAACUCUGCCAUGGUGUCAUUUAUCUGCUGUGGGUUUGUAAUUUUGAUGCCUGCAGUGUUAAAUACAUGUGGUAUUUUCGACCUGGUUUGGUGUUGCCUUAAUAGGGAAGCCAGUGCUCUCCCCGCUUUGUUACCCUGAGAGUAUUGCUUCAGUUUGAGUUUAGUCAGUGUAUCUGAUGUCCGUUGGAAUAAUAUAUCGUUUAUUGCUUUAGUAGUGCGGUAUAUUUCGUCCUGGCCUGCAGUAGACGGGGAAAGGAGAUGGGCACUUGUUUGGUCUCUGAGUUUUUUGAGACGGGUGGUGUAUUCAUCACAUGCCCUCCUUUUCAGGUAUGCUGCCCGGCUAAUAAGAAGUCCCCGUAUUACCGCCUUAUGGGCGAGCCAUACAUUUUGGGGUUGUGUUUGCGGCGUGUAGUUUGUGUCGAAGUAUAGUUUUAUUUCCUUUUCUAUGGUAUUUUUGAAGGAGUCAUCAAGCAGAAGGUUGUCAUGCAGUUUCCAUGGGGAGGUUCCCCUGAAGGGAAAUUUGUCUUGUAGGGUUAGGCGUACGGGCGCAUGGUCUGACCAUGUCAGGUCUCCUAUCGUGCAGUCUAUCAUGGAUAUGAGGAGAUGCGCAGCAAUGAGGAUGUGAUCAAUGCGUGAGCUGGUUUUAUGGGCUCUUGAGUGGUGUGUGUAUUCACGAACAUUUGGAUGUGUUGUGCGCCAGGAGUCAUAGAUAUUGUAUUCUAGCAGCACCUUUGUCAUAGCUUUGCAUUGGGGUUUGAGGGCGGCCUGCCUCCUGGUGUCACCAGCGACUGUCGUGUCUAAAGUUCGAUCGAAUAUAUGGUUCAAGUCUCCACACAAAAUCAAAUUUUGCAAUUGUGGGCUAGGUAUUUUGGAAAGGACUUUGUGUAAGAAAUUUCUUUGGUUAGUGUUCGGGCUGUACACUGAGGCAAUUGUGUAAUUAAUGUCGUUUAUCGUGCAAUGAAUGAUGAUGUAUCUGCCUUGGGAAUCUUUUUUGACUUGGAGUAGUUCGAAUGAAAGUGAUUUGUGGACAAGUAUGGAUGCGCCUCUGGACUUGGAGGAUGGUGUGGAGUGGUAUUGCGUGGGAUAGUCUUGUUGUGCAAAUUUAGGAACUUUGGAAUGUGUGAAGUGGGUUUCUUGCACACAGAUGGUGUCUAUUUUGUCUUUUCUGGCCAUGUCUAACAGGACACGCCGUUUGUGCGGGGUGUUCAAGCCGCACGCGUUAAUAGUGUGUAUUCUCAGGUUGUAGUAUUUGUUUGUUUAUCUGGAGUACUCUUGUAGAUCUAUUCUCGGAGAGAUUAAUAUACCUUGAACCGGGAAGGGACAACUUGGGUGUGAUAGAGAAGAGGUGGGAGGGAGAGGAAUAUAUACAUGUUCCCUGUAGCAGGGAAAUGGUGCGGUGGACGCGCACCGUGGGGUACGGAAACAUUUGUCUCCUGUGGUGUGGCGUGUGGGCUUGGUAGCCUUUGGGUUUGGACAGAACUGGGUUGUUUUUUUUUUUUUAAUAUGUUGGGGCUUGAGGGAAAGCUUGGGUGUGGUUGCUGCAUGAGCGGUUGCUGUACCGUGCAUCGCUAUGCUACCCCUUCGCAAGUGUAUGUGGGGUAGGACGAGCCGUUGAGGCUCUUAUCGGCAUUUGAAAGGGCAUCUGCAUCCGUGCCGUAUCGUAGGCCUCUCCGCCUCAUUCCCAUUUCUAAACCCUAUCUGAGGGGUCCACGUGUCUCCUUGUCCCCAGGGCUGACUGGUGAUUGUGUGCAGUCACGAGGGUCUUUCAACAGUGUCCCCGCAACCCCUCAGUGAUGUCGAGGCUGGCAAAGGGGUUUGCACAUUUACAGAGAGGGCAUAGGACGCAUAACGAGACAUAUAAAGUGGCCAGUGGUAUGGGCCACGAGGUACCCCGCGCGUCCCCCCCGUCCCUCCCCCCCUGGGGGAAAGCGCCCGGGCCCACGCCGCCCACCCAUCCGGACUCGGCCAAUAUCACAUCGAAAUCAGUUAACACAUAUCUUACUGGGUCCCCUACAACCUUGCACCUCCCCGAUCUCCCGGCCAUUACUUUCCAUGUGGCAACAUGAGAGUUCACGGUAGCCCAUAUGUUCCUUCAGGGGAGGCCCAUCUCCUGGCAUAUGCCCAUGAUCAGUGUUCAGACAAUGAUGUGUCCCCCCGUGGGUAAGAAGCUGAGGCUCUCCGGAGAUGCCAAAAUAUGCACAAUGUGAGUUCCGCUGGGCCCUUCCAAUGUCAGUAUGCCUGUGGGAAAUAAGUGUGUAGUGCACAAUACUUGCGUGUCCCUCAUGCAGCUGACAGCAUGGAUUAAUGUUUGUCCGGCACUUUCUGCCACUCUAUGCGUAGUCUGCUCGCUGGUGGGGUUUUCGCGGGUUCCAGUUGUGGGUUGAUACCCCACGACUUCAGCCGGUUGGCGCCAUCUUCAGGGGUCAGGAUGGCCUGGAGAGAGCCAUUUCUGGUCACCAAGAGCUUCGUGGGAUAUCCCCACCUGUAUCUCACUCCGUUGGUGCGAAGUGCUGCAGUAAUGGGAGCGAAAUCCUUCCGUCUUCGCAGGGUGAUCGCUGAGACAUCUGGGAAGAUUUGUACCAUGGCAUAAUCAUCUGGAGGCUUGGGUUUACUUCUGCUGGCUCGGAGGACAUGCUCUGUAAUGUGGUAAUAAUGGGCACGUAACAGAACAUCUCUGGGUGAGGAAUCCGACAGGUGGCGUGGGCGCGGCACCCGAUGAACUCUGUCGAGCAGAAGCAUGUCAGACGGGAUCUCGGGCAUGUAAGCACUUAGCAGGCCUCGCACAUAUGCUUGUAGAUCCGCCGGGAGCACUGUUUCAGGUACCCCCCGCAGCCGCAGGUUGUUUCGCCGAGACCUGUCCUCCAUGUCCGCCAGUUUCGUUUCGGUGAGUAGUAGCUUGUCUUCCAGCCUCUCCACGUGUGUAGCGAGAUUAUUGUGGGCUGCCGCCAUUUCGUCCAUUUGUGAUUCUAUGUGCGACGUUCUCUUGCCUAUUUCUUGGACAUCUUUACGAAGUGAGUCCAUGGAAUGUUGCCAGGACCCGAUCAGAUUUCGGGACAAGGCUUCCAGUGCUUGAGUUAGGUGGCUCUUUGUCAGGGCAUCUCCUGGUGCAGGUAUGCUUUGUGGGGCACUUUCAUCGUCGGUACCCUCGUCGCCAUCUUGGGUAGACGGUAGUAGGCCCGAGGGAGUUAAAUUAGGUUUCUGUUGAAAGAAAUUCAAUUUUUCAGUUUUUGCUGAGCUCUUCUUGCUUUUGUGUUGCGACAUCUUCUGUGGUAAGGUUUGUAAUGCGUUCUGUGUGGUAGGAUUGCAACGGAUUGUCAGCCCGUUUGCCGGAGCUGAGGAUUAUGCGUCCAUCUUGUCCGGCAGUCGGCCACGCCCCCUGGUAAUUUUUUUAAUAAACUCAAAAAAACAAAAGUACGAGGGGUAUACUAAAACGUAUAAUUUAAAAAAAGCCAAUUUCAAUAAGAUCAGGGCAGCUUUACAACAUAUCGACUGGCAUAAACUCCUUAGUGAUAAAAACACUGAGGAUAAAUGGAAACUAUUCAAACACAUCUUAGAAAGGUACAUUUCACAGUAUGUACCAUUGGGUAAUAAAUAUAAAAGAAACAAAUUAAAACCAAUGUGGCUUUAGUAGAGAAGUAAACCAAGAGAUUAAAAAUAAAAAAAGGGAAAUUAAAGCAUUUAAAGCGGACAAAUCAGAGGCAUCCUAUAUAAGAUAUAAGGAAGCCAAUAAUGUGUGCAAAAAGGAAAUUAAAGUGGCUAAACUAGAAAAUGAGAAAUUGAUAGCCAAAGAAAGCAAAACCAACCCCAAUUUUUUUUCAAGUACAUCAAUUACACUGGAAACAGAGUUGGGUUUGUUAGCUAAUGAAGACCUCUUCAGUAUAUAUUAAUGAGGAUCCUAUGGCAAGAGUUGCUUGCUGCAAAAAACAUGCAGAUAACUUGUGAUUGGAUAACUCGAGACAAGGUGCUAUAGCUAUUAUAGAAAAUUAAUGUAAAUAAAGCUCUGGGUCCUGAUGGUAGUUGCCCACGAGUGGGUGAAAUAAGUGGGGAAAUAAGUGGGGAAAUAAGUGGGGAAAUAAGUGAACCUCUGUAUUUAAUUUUUCAAGAUUCUUUUGUUUCAGGUAUUGUACCAGAGGAUUUGUGGAAGGCAGAUGUUGGUCCUAUAUUUAAAAAGGGUUCAAAAUCCCUGUCUGGAAAUAAUAGACCUGUGAGCUUAACUUCUGUGACUGGAAAAAUAUUUGAAGGGCUAUUAAGGGAUAAUAUUCAGGAAUUCAUUGGGAAGAACUUUGUUAUUAGCAAUAAUCAGUAUGGUUUUUUGAAAUAUGUCAUGUCAAACUAACCUAAUUGCAUUCUACGAAGAAGUAGAAGUAUAGAUCAGGGUGUUGCAGUGGAUGUGAUCUACUUGGAUUUUGCCAAGGCAUUUGAUACGGUUCCUCACAAUAGGUUAGUCUUCAAACUGAAAGAAAUUGGUCCAGAUAAAUAUUCUUAUUGUUGGGUAGAACGAGUUGUCAUUAAUGGUAAAUUUUCAGGCUGGACAAAAGUGGUAAGUGGUGUCCCUUAGGGUUCUGUUGUGGGACAACUUUUAUUUAACAUAUUUAUAAAUGAUCUUGAAAUAGGCAUUGAAAGCCAUGUAUCAAUGAUUGCAGAUGACACAAAACUUUGUAAUGUAAUAAAAUGUCAGCGGGAUAUUGCUUUGCUGCAGAGGGAUUUGGAUAGAUUAGGCGACUGGGCACUAAAAUGGCAGUUGAAAUUUAACUUAGAGAAAUGCAAAGUUAUGCACAACGGGGUUAAGAAUGCACAAGCAUCGGGACACAGUAGGAGGGAGGCUGAGUACUAGGGGGUUGAGCAGCAUUAAAAACGACUAAACCAGUAAAGGGAUCGAGCGCACACAAUAUUUUAAGAGAAAAAAAAAAAUGUGUGUAUAUAUAUAUAUAUAUAUAUAUAAAAAUAAUAAAAUAAAAAUAAAGAGAUAACUGGGGGAAAAACAUAGCUCUAUAUUAAUAGCCUAUGCAUGUUGACGACAAGCGCAGUCUCAGUCACCAAAUUAGUGGGACGCGGCUUUGCAUAUAUGCAAGAACAAGACUACGGUUAGAUGGCAGCCCCACACAGCGUGCACCACAUUGUCUUGUUUGUAAAUAUUAUCUUUCAUAUCUUUCUUCUAUCCCUUUCCCUACUAUCUGUCCAUCUUCCCCUAUGUCCUUGUACCCUUAUGGGGUGGGUGGUGGGGUGGGGGGCCCAGGGCUUGGGGGGGCGGACGUGGUCCUGUAUGAGAGCGCUGCACCUAUGUCAGGACCAUGACACUGCAACUCACUACAUCAAAUGUGAAGGGCCUAAAUGGAAGGGGCGUUUGUUGUUCAGGGAACUAAAACGGAUGAGGACAGAUGUUGCUUUCAUCCAAGAAACACACUUGCCGAAAAAGGCUGGCUUCAAGCUAAGGGACCACACAUAUAGCAUGACACUAACGCACCGUAAACAACGGAGUGGCGAUCCUUAUACGGGGCAGCUGCCCAUUGAAAAUAACAUCCUCUGAUUGCGAUCCAGAAGGGCGAUGUGACAGAUCCAUCUGUAUAGAUUGGGAUUGCUUGUUCGUCUGUUUUGCCUCUUUUCAUGGAAUUACCUGUCCGUAUGCCCCCUGUUUGUUUAUUUGACUUUCCUGCCGAACAAAACUACCGAACGGACGGCCACCCAGAAGAGAAGUGUGCUGCUGGUUAACUUCUUGAUCCCAAUUAGAACUUUGUAGUUAACCGCAGACACCUUUCAAAUAAAACCGAAUACAGGGUGGUCGUCGUUUGUAUGUCAACCACAAGGCAGCGGCCAUUUUAAAACAGGCGAAAGACCAGCGGUGUUGGGCACAGAUUCUAUGGGACUUAAAAAGAACACUUUUUCUGCCAAACACCACUAAAGCCACCGACUUCCCUUCUCGAUCGACAAAAGCAUAUGAACACCGGCCGUUCGGGAGUUUGAACCACACGAAUAGACUUAACCCAGAUAGCCUUCCAAUGAAGUCAGUUGCAUACCGAAAGACUGUAAUAGACUUUGACUCCAUGGCGAUUGAACUGUGCGUAUGGGAUCUGAGCGCUAUUCGCCAAUAAUAUGCACUCAGAUCCAGGCUAUCUAGGGAUAUGUUACAUGAAUGAGAAAUGUUCGGCAAUUGUAAAGUUAUAUAUUUUUAUGUGUUUUUUGGGUUGUAUCUAAAAUGGCGAUUUUCCUCUGCCCUGGGAGAUAAUUGAAUUACUUCUCAAUUAUCUCCAGGGCAGAGGGGAGGAAACCAUGAUGCAUGCUGGGAAUAUUAUGUGCCUGUGUGUCCUGAAAUCCUGUAUGUCCAUCUGCCGUUACAGUCUCCCAUUUGGUCCCCUAUGGGAGUGUCCACCAAGUGGGAGACCUGCAUAAAUACGGGCGGGUAGCCCACAGUAAACCCAGUUCAUGUUUUACCCUCAAUGCGGAGCUUGGUCUCGUUAUUGGAGGGGAAUUUACUACAUGAAUAGCGACUGCCGGAUGGAAGUAUUAGCCGCUUGGGAGAUAUAUGGUUUCAGCUAUUAGCUGCAAUUCGUGAGUUGGCGGAUCGUGAAGUGAAGUACCCGUACGGGUCCCAUUCGGGAGAUUGGAGCAUUCCCCUGCUUGCAAUUCAUAUGAUUGCAGUUGAUACAAAUGAAGCUGGCGUUAUGGUGAGAGGGGAGGAUUCACUAAACGGCGGUUUGUCUAUUUGAUGCUGAGGGUGCUGUUACAGGAGAUAUGUGAUCCUAUCCGGCACACUACUUUCACACACGAUACACUUCAUUAACGUGUAUGCCCCUUUGGUGGACGUCUGGAGGGCACGUCAUCCGAGCACCAUCAACUAUACUUUCUAUUUGGCCCCACACAUUACCUAUUCUAGGAUAGAUUUAUUCUUGGUCAAUGAAAGAUGCCUGACCCGUGUCCUGGGUUCAGAGAUAGGGUCCAUCACAUGGUCUGACCAUACAGACGUUUCCCUUACAUUGGGGAACCUCUGCGUAGCGUCCCCCUGGACCUGGAAACUCAAUGCCUCCUUAUUGAGAGACCAAGAGCUAGUAGAACAGAUACGGACCGAUAUCCUAGACUUUUUUGCCAUUAACACCACCCAUGACUUGAGACAGGAAACGAUAUGGGCAGCACACAAGACAGUGAUACGGGGCACUUUUAUUAAAAUCGCGACUGCCAAAAAGAAAAAUAAAUUCCAACGACUGAACGUACUAUUGACUGACCUUAGAAGAUUGGAACAUCAACACCAGAAUAGACCUGAUGAUGAGACACUAUGACACUUAGAAGCAAAAUGACAUACCAUCCGCUCCCUGCUACUAGACGACACUUCCAACGCUAUGACCUGGUCCAAAUGCACCUUUUAUGAAAAAGCUAACAAGAUGCACUCAGCAAUAUGCAAAGACAUACCAAGCAAGAAAGACCCAUACAUCUGUGUGACAGGCGGUCAUUUUUGGACAUCACUGUAGUUCAUGGAAAUCAGCGGGUUUGAACACGGGCCAACCAUGGGGUUACAGACCACAGAGUGCCUUAGACCGAGUUGACAGACAUGGGAAACCCUUGUUAUACUGAAAAUUAACCCUAAACAUAGUACUGGAAAGGGAGUGGCUCAUACAACAAGUUGGGAACAUUUUAUUUGCAAGACAUGCUGACAUAACCUGACUGGGUAGACAUGACAGUAAAUCCCCUGAAACCACACAUCACGACUCUCAAGGACAUGGUGGCUAUUGCCAAUCCCACAUUUGAAGACACUAUGGCUGUGGAGACUGGUUUUUCAGAUACUAACCUAUGGCUUGAAUGGAUGAGGUAUAAUGCUAACUCUCAUAAUAAAACCAACUGUUAUGUUUGUGGUGGAGCUAGACUCUACCUAGGUACAGUGCCUCUAAAUUUACCUCCAGAUGUUGAGACAGAAAUGCUGGAGAUCAAGGCAGUUGAGGUUUCUGUGAGAUUGGAGAGUUGAGGGUGGUGAAAUUUGGGUACAGGGUUUGCUAACGUCAAAUGUUAGAAGAUGGUGGUCAGACAAAGGAAAUGCAACAGUGGAGAGAUUAGAGGUGGUACAGAGAUUGGUGAAGAUGAGGUUAAGAGUGUUUCCUGCUGUAUGAGUUGCUGAAGUAGACAACUGCGUGAGGCCAAAGGAGGAGGUUACAGAGAGCAGACGGUUGGUAUCAGGGCAGUUGAGGUUGUUGAUUGGGAUUUUAAAGUCUCCAAGUAUGAAGGAGGGAGUGCUAGAGGAGAGAAAGUGGGGUAACCAUGAAGAAAAUUGUUCAAUAAAUAGCCUAGGAUGACAGUGGGGACAAUAGAUGAUGGCAAUUCUUAAAGGAGUUAGCUUAAAAAGGCGGACAGUGUGAACUUCAAAGGAAGUAAAGGAAAGGGCAGGGGCAGGGAGGAUAGGUUGAAAGGUACAUUGAGGGGAGAGAAGGAUGCCUACACCACCUCCUUUACAGUCGCGUCUGGGAGUGGGAAUCAGCAAUAUAUUCAGCAGUAUAUAAUGAAUUCAAAAGACAGUUAAAUAUAUAUCUGGCUACAUAAACAAACAGUUGCAGCAUACAAUAAUAACAACAGUAUAAUUACUAAAUUAUAUUAUCUUAUCCAUAUAUAAUAAUGAACAAUUUUUUUUGGGGGGCGGAAGAAAAAGGAGUUUUGAAUGAAUCAAUAUUAAAGAAAGAAAAUAAAAGAAAGGAUUGGGAAGGAGGGGGAGGAAGGUUUGGGGAGGGGAGUUGUUUUAAAACCUUUAUAGUUACAUAAUGAUGUGCAAAUAUAUGUGUAUGAGGAAAUACAUUUCUAUUCUUAGGUAUUUUACCAAUAUUAACAGCAUGUUGUGCAACCUCCUCAAUGUAUCUUAAGUAAAGUAACUGAUCUCAUUAAACAAUGAUAGAAAAGAAAGAAAAAACAAACGAUGAAAAGAUAAUCAUAGUGAAGUACUAAUACUUUUAAGCUACUACCUUGGCUGUUUGUUUCCAUAGGUCCCAGAGAGUUUUCACUUGUGUGAAGUUGUCUUAUAGCUAGCUUGUAUCUUUUUCACAAGUAAAGGAAAUAAUUUCAGUUUUCAAUGGUAUGUUUGUUGUUUUUAAAUAGCUGGGUAAUAAUGUAGUAGCUGAAAUUAGUAUGUGUGAAAUUAAAAAAAUGUCUACUUUGUUUUAGAAACUGGGAAGGCGUUUAAAGAAGCCAAUUUUAGGUGAAAGUGUUUGAAUAGUGGGUCCCAGAAGGGUCUUAACUUAUCACAUUGCCACUGUAUGCGGUACAUGUCGCCCACCUCUCCGCGUUCUCUCCAACAUGAAUCUGGAACAUCUGCAAACAUUUUUUUGAGUUUUGGAGGUACCAGGUACCAAGGACAUAUGACCUUUUAACAAUUAUAUAUAAUUUGAGCAUAACUUAAUUCCUUUUAAUGUUUCUUUUAUUCUAUGCCAAUCGAAUUUCUGAUUCCCAAGCAAUCAUAUAUUGUAAUUUCCUGUUGGGGGAAGAAGACAUGUAGAAAUUGAGUGUUUUUGUACAGGAUUUUUUAAACAUGCCAGCUCCAGAUUAGAUAACGGUAAAGAAAUACAAGGUUGGAUUAGGGAGGGGAUACGAAAGAUCUUGCGCAAAUAAAUAAUACCAAUCACCUAUGCAAUUAAGGUUUUAUGCUAUAUUAUAUGGCUUAUUAGUAUACUAGGAGUAUUUCCUGCUGAUGUUCAGAUGUAGGUUGGAAAAUGAAGAGAGGUACACAUGUAAUAAGUAUAUAUAUAUAUAUAUUUUUUUUUUCUCUUUUUGGUAAACAAAAGGCCGCACGAUGAGUGGAAGGUACUGAUUAGUGCUGGGGCAUAUUUAAUAAUAGAACAUUGGGGGUUAACACCAUGUAUUUAGGGUUAUUUAACACUGUAUAAAAUAUUGAGCUUUGUCAUGUUGGUCUAUUUGCAGAUCUGAGCAUGACUACUUAAAUUAACUUGUAAUUUAUUUACUUACACAUUAUUUAGCAAGUGGUGGUAAAUUUAAAUAAUUUUAAUACAUCACGGUUUCCCUGUCACUGUGGAAAUGGAAUUAUAAGUUUCAUAGCCUGGAGUUAUUAGUAAUAGAUUUGUCAUAAUUUGUUUGGGAAGAUUUUUUUCAAUUAUUAUAUUUUUCACAAAGAAGUAUUUUUUUUUUUUAAUUAAUAUAAAGAGAGUUUAAGCCAGCAGUAAUAUAAAGAGAAUUUAAGAGAUACACUAAUGAGUCACUUUGGUUUCUCUUAGGCCGUACCCUUUAGUGUGGCCUUCACUUUUGGUAAAGGUCGACAUAUGUCUGGUAAUCCAAUCUAUAUGUUGCAUAGCUUGAUAAGUAUAAAUGGAUAGAUAGUAUAGAAAGGAAACGGUUAAGGAUGAUAGAGCUGGAUCGUGAUAUGAUUGAAAUUUUGUUAUGUUGAAUGGUUAUUUGAAAGACCUAAAAGGAUGUACGGAUGAUAUAUUUCGGUCAUUUAUGAUUACACAUUUUUAAUAUGGAUUGUACAUUAUGUAGUGGCAACCAUAAUAGUCCAAUAUUAGUUGAUAGUAUGGUAAGUGGAGGAUUUAAAUCAAUAAUAUAGGCAAUCUAGGCAAAGCCAUAGGAGCUGGAAAUAUAUAUAUAGUUGAAUCGAUGCUAUUGUUCUAAGUUAGCGUUUCGCCUUGGCAUCAGUAAAGUGAUAUGCUCACUAUAUGCUCAUCCCUGCAAUUUUUGGCAGGUUAUUUCUAUACAUGUACGCAUAUCUCCUUCAUCCAGGAGGCACAUUGGAUUGAUUCCCCAGAUAGACUUUGGAAGUUUAAAAAAUUUCCAUUAAUAUUUUGCUCAAAUAUGGAGGGGAAAGGGAAAAAAAGAAGUAUUACUAUUAUUAUCUCUAAUAAAGUUAAUUUUGAACUUAUUCACUUAUCUAAAGAUACGACUAGUGAUGAGCAAACCCGUACCGUACUGUACCGUAAUGUUCGUACCGAACAUUUAAAUUUUUGGACCCCGAGCCUGGACAUUUCAGUGACAGUUCGGGUUCGAGUUCAGUGUUUGGUGAUUUAAUGGCGCGUUUUGAAAAGCUGCAGGGCAGCCAAUCAACAAGCGUUUGACUCGUGUGCCCUUAGAAGCCAUCACAGCCAUGUCUACUAAUGGCAUGGCUGUGAUUGGCCAGUGCAGCAUGUGACCCAGCCUCUAAAUAAGCUGGAGUCACAUGAGCUCUUAUUAGUGUAGGGAGAGGAUGCUGCAGCUGUGAGGGACAGAUUAGGAAAGAAUUCUGGUGUUGAAUCUGCAAACUACAGCAAUUAUUUUUGUGGGUGCUAUACUACAUUUUUAUACCCUGCCCAGUGCCACAGAGAAAUAAGCAAUCAGUCUGUUUGUUAGGUGGGCACUUGCAACUGCAUGUGUGCCAGACACAUUACUUUAAUCCUGUUCUGGUAGCUCAGUGGGCAACAGCUAGGCAUUUUUAAAUACUGCUGUGACAUUGCAGUUUGACAAAUUCAAAUUCUUUUGGUGCUAAAAAGUUAAUUUGUGGCAUGCACUUCAUAUCUGAGAGUCAAAUAGAACCAUCAAAUACUGUGGUUACAUUGCAAUUUGAAAAAUUCUAAUUUUUUUGGUGCUAAAUAGUACAUUUGCUGCCUGCGGUGCACUUCAUAUCUGAGAGUCAAAUAGAACCCUCAAAUACUGUGGUUAUAUCACACUUUGAAAAAUUCAAAUUUUUUGGUGGUAAAUAGUACAUUUGCGGCCUGCAGUGCAUUUCUUGCAGUCCAAUAAAACCCUUAAAUACUACUGUCACAUUGUUGGUUUAAAAAAUUACACUUUUUUGUGCUAAAUUUAACAUUUGCGGCCUGCGGUGCAUAUCUUGCAGUCCAAUAAAACCCUUAAAUACUACUGUUACAUUGUUGGUUUAAAAAUUCACACUUUUUUUGUGCUAAAUAGAACAUUUGUGGCCUGUGGUACUGUUCUUGCAGUCCAAUAAAAAUAAAAAUAAAAAUAAUCACUGGAGAGAAAGAGUACCCUCCUACCCACCCGCGAUCCCUGGCCCUCAAUGCCAGCAUUUCAAAAUUCCUGGCCUUUGAAAUGCUUUUGUUCCGUCUGGUGGAAAUGGACAGUUUUAAAAACCUGAUGGCAGCGGCUGUCUCACAGUACGUGGUUCCCAGCCGCCACUACUUUUUCAGGCGAGCCAUCCCUUCCCUGCACAACCAAUUGGCAGAAAAAAUCAGGUGUGCACUGCGCAACGCCACCUGUGGCAAGGUCCACAUAACCACUGAUACGUGGACCAGUAAGCAGGGCAUUUAUCUUUGCCUCCUGUUGCCUCCUACUCCGCUUCCUCCUCCUCUACCACCUCCUCAUCCGGUAAGCGUAACACCUUCACCACCAACUUCAGCACAGCCAGGGAGAAACAACAGCAGGGAGUUUUAAAACUCAUAUGUUUGGGGGAAAAACCCCACACCAUGCAGGAGCUGUGGAUGGGCAUGGAACAACAGACCGAUGAGUGGUUGUUGCCACUGAGCCUCAAGCCCGGCCUGGUGGUGUGCGAUAAUGGGUGAAAUCUCGUAGCAGCUCUGGGCCUUGUCGGUUUGCCGCACAUCCCUUGCCUGGCACAUUUGCUGAAUUUGGUGUUGCUCAUAUUCCUGAAAAACUUCCCAGAUAUAUCAGAGCUGUUGCAGAAAGUGCGGGCCGUCUGUGCGCACUUUCGGUGUUCUCACCCUGCUGCUGCUUGCCUGCAGCGUAACUCCACCUUGCAAAUGCUGGAGAGACUGUGCGGGCAGCUGCAGGCGAUAGUGGAGUUUCAGCUGCAGCAUGCACGGGUCAGUCACUAUGCAACAGACUUGCCCUCCAAUAGAUCCUCGUUAAAGGAUUUAAUGUGUACUCAUUCCAAUUACAGGGCCUCGAAAGAGUCCCGUAUAGUUAUUUAUCGUCACUACCUCCCCGCAUCAAGAGUGGGUAAUUUGCGCGCCUGCUGCCUUCCUUGGAUGUGGUAGCCGUUUCUCAGGCUCCCACUCCGGAAUCGAACCCUGAUUCCCCGUUACCCGUGGUCACCAUGGUAGGCGCAGAAAGUACCAUCGAAAGUUGAUAGGGCAGACAUCCGAAUGCGUCGUCGCCGUCACGGGGACGUGCGAUCGGCCCAAGGUUAUCUAGAGUCACCAAAGUGCCUGCGCAAUGACUGCCGAGUUGCCCACAUUCUAACUUGUUCUUAUUACUGGGUGGCCCGUUACAAGGACAACAUGCCGUCCUUAAUUCCCUCACUGGAGCGUGAUCGGAAGAUGCGUGACUACAAGCGCACGCUGGUAGACACGCUGCUGAGGGCAUUCCCAACUGAUACCGGGGGCUCAGUGGAAGCACAAGGCGAAGGCAGAGGAGGAGGAAGAGGUCGCCAAUGAAGCUUGGGCACCGCCAGAACCUCAGAAGGCAGGGUUAGCAUGGCCAAAAUGUAGAAAAGCUUUGUCAGCACGCCACAACAACCAGCACCACCAGCUGAUAUGGAAUGUCUUAGCAGGAGGCAGCAUUUCAGCAACAUGGUGGAACAGUACAUGUGCACAUGCCUUCAUGUACUGACAAACGGUCUACCUCAUUCAACUUCUGGGUCUCCAAAUUGGGCACAUGGCCUGAGCUUGCCCUUUUUUGCCUUGGAGUAUAUUGUCUGAACGAGUGUUUAGCACAGCAGGGGGCAUUAUCACAGACAAGCGCAGCCGCCUGUCCACAGCCAAUGUGUACAAGCUCAUGUUUAUUAAAAUGAACCAGGAAUGGAUUCCACCAGACUUGUCUGUACCUUGUGCAGAAUAGACAUUUUAUAACGGCCUCACUCAGCCAUUGUUAUACUCAAGUGCACUUAUUCCUUGUUUUCUUUUUUUAUAUGUCCCAAUAUUUUGGGGGCUACCCCAAUUGUUUGCAGGGCACUUGUCCUACUUCCUUUUGCAGCCCUCUAGCCCUUUCCAGAACUUUUUUAGAGCCAUUUUAGUGCCCAAAAGUUCGGGCCCCAUUGACUUCAAUGGAGUUCGGGUUCGGGGUCAAGUUCGGGUCAAGUUUGAGGCUGAAAUCGAACUUUAUGCCGAAGUUCAGCCGAACCCAGUGAACCCGAACUUCCAGGUAUCCGAGCAUCUCUAGAUACGACCAUACGAUAUUUGAUUCUUAUUUCAAAAAUUAACGGAGCUUGGUGUGUUUCCUGGAUGAGAUCCUGGAAAGGGUGGAUGAAUUGGCAUGUGGCAAUGUAUUAAUUGGCGGAGAUUUUAAUUUUGUUGUAGAUCCAAGAAUGGAUAAAAGUCAUAAAAAUACUAGAGAACUGAAGCCCCAAAAAUCCAACUUGUCUGACUUCUCAGAACUUCUAAAUAGGAACUCUUUAUAUGAUUGUUCGAGGACUUUGAACCCCACUGAGAAAGAUUACACCUUUUUCUCACAUGUCCAUCAGACCUACUCCCAUAUAGAUAUGUUUUUGGUGAAGGCAGGACUUUUAUGAUCAAUUAUUAAAUCGAAUAUUGGAUCUAUAGUUUUAUCGGACCAUGCCCCAGUGUUUAUUAACGUUAAGCUAAAAGAGUUUUAGGCCAAGGACAAGAUGACAACUUAAUGAAACCCUUUUAAAAUCUGAUCAUAAUAUUGAUAUUUUGUCAUCUGAAAUAGACAACUUUAUGACUAUUAAUGAUAAUGGGGAAGUUUCCACUGCAACACUAUGGUGUACACUGAAAAGUUAUGAAAGGGGACUGUUAAUAAAGCUAGGCUCAGAACUAAAACAGAAGGGAGAAUCUCUACAGGCGUUGAGGAUUAAAUUAGGAAAUAAAGAACGGUUAAAUGAAAUUAGGGUAAAUAAUGAACUAACAGAAGAAAUAGCCACUCUAAGGGAGACUAUUAAAGAAAGAAUAUAAGAUAUGGUUAACAAAAAUAUAGCUUUCCUUAAGCAAAGGUGGUAUCAUAACAACAAUAAAAUAAUUAAAGCUCUUUCAAAUAAAAUUAAGAACUAUCUUAACGAUAAGUCCAUAAAAAAAUCGUUAUAGGUGAUAAACAGUUAACUUCUCCAAAUGACAUUGCUGAAGCAUUUGUAUAUUUUUACAGAUCCCUAUAUAAUUUAAAGGACAUAGCGAAAAGUAAUAAGGAAAUAGAACAAUUUCUAAUUAACCUUAAACUGCCAAAUAUAAACCAAAAGAAAUUAGAUAUAUUGAACGCUCCAGUUUUGUUGCCUGAAGUCAUAGAGGCAAUAGAUAACCUUAAAUCAAAUAAAGAGCCUGGCCCUACCGGCUUUUCUGCCAUCUUUUCUAAAACAUUUUCUAGAUUUAUUGCUCCUGUACUUUUGAAAAUGUAUACGGAAGUGUCGGUAGAUAAUCCAUUUCCUAAUGAGAUGCUGUUGGCAUCAAUUAUUCCUAUAUAAAAUGGUGAAAGAGAGCGCACAAAAGAGAUAUACAAUAAUACUUAUGAGAGAAUGGUACUAAGUACCUCUAGAUAAUAGCUGCUAAACAAAAAAUGAACUUCCCAAAUUCAAUAAAUAAAUUGUAAGAUAUUGUGUUGUCAGCGCUUAGUGAAUAAUCCCCUUAGAUAUACUCAGGGGUAAAUGUCUUAACAAAUGUAUCUAUAAUAAUUAGAAACAGCAAUAGCAUACAGUGUUAUGAGUAUCAAUAUAACUGAUAGUAACAAUCAGAUUGUAACAAAAAAUCAAAAUUGUAUCUCAGUCCAGUAUAAAAUAUAUAGCAGGGUCCAAAGUGACAGGAGGUCCACAGUGUUGUUUGGGAACACAAUCUUUGACUUUGAAUCCCUUAAAAAAGACAGGAAAUAUAUAUAGUGCAAUACUGUAUUUAAUGUCUUAAAACAGCAAUGGAAUCCCCCUCACCAACAUAGGAACCCUUACAGAAGAAAAAUGUGGUGCUUAUCUCUAAGGAGUUUUGAUAAGCACUCACUUUCAAAUCGCUUUAAGACCCAUCACAAUAGUGACCCAACACUCCUUAAAUAUAUUGGUAUUGAAAAAGUAGAAAUACCUUGGAGGGGAGGUGAACUAAACAAAAUCUUUACCUACAGAGAAAUGUAUUGGAUCUAUAAUUUGAAAACUUUAGCCACUUCAGGCUUAAAUGCUGAGCUGGAAUUAGCAAAUAUAUUAUAAAUACACUUAAUAUCUAUAAAGAAAGUUGGACAAUAUAUAUAUAUAUUUCACCAUUAUUAGAAUUUAUUAGCAUAUAGUGUACAACAACAUUCAAAAUAUGAACGUAAAAUACACAUCUGUUUACAUAUAUUUUUUGUGUGCAUUUUAGAAUGAGAUGGGUAUUGAGUAUUAUAUUUUUUAUAAUUUUUAAUAUUAUUUUAGAAUAAACAGAGAAGCCUCAGGAUAUAUAUAUAGUAUAUCUAUGUAAAUAUAGAUGUAUACAGCAAGUAUUGGUUUGUUUUAACAUGUAUAAAUAAGUCUGUUUUAUUGUGUAUAAAUUGUUCUAGUAUGCACAAAUAGUUUUUAUGUAUUGCUGCAUUCAGGAGGAUGUAUAAUCCACAAUCUAUCAUUAUGAGGACCUUUUUCCUGUUAUAAGAUUUGUUGUGUAUAAAAAUGCAUGUAUCUUUAAAAAUUCAAAUGUGCUUUUCCCGGCAAAGGUAUUUAAGUGCCGAUUAGCACACAUAACACCUAUCUUGAAAAAGCCCACCAAGAGGGGCGAAACACGUUGAUUAGGUGCUCCAUCAUCCUGUAUGUUAUCUUGUUUUGCUGCUAACACUCUGCAUGACAAGUUUUUAUGCCAACCGGAGGCAGAAUUACAAAGAGGUGAACUUUCACUGAAUCUACAGCCUGCCUCAGUGCACGAGGCAAAUGCUCCUUUCAGCAGCAUACCGGACGGCAUCCUUAGAGAUAAGCACCACAUUUUUCUUCUGUAAGGGUUCCUAUGUUGGGGAAGGGGGUUCCAUUGCUGUUUUAAGACAUUUUACCUCUUCCUCCUCCUUCUCCAUAUCGCCGCUGCAGAUCUGGCUUUUAUAACAAACUUACAUUCGCCCACAUCAACUAUGGCGCUGAUGUGCGUGCGGCGUCACGUCAUAGACGCUGUUAUGGCUCCCCCGGUAGGAGAGGGGUUACAGCGGUAUGAGACGUUCCGUUACCGAACGUAGAGGCAGCCACUGAGCGCUCCAAAGUACCGAACAGUAGCCGUACGGAUGAGUUAGUUCCCAUUUGUAUAAUGAAAGACUAUGGGAAAGACUUUGGCGCCAUUCAGCAAUAAUGUGCGCUGAGAUCUGAGCUAUCUGGGGAUAUGUUGAAUGUACCUGUUUUAUGCAAUAGCUGAACAGUUAUAUAUUUUUAUGUAUUUUAUUGUCUUUUGCUGCCAUGCCUUCAAUGGAGUUUUGCCUCUGUCCUUGGAGAUAAUUGAAUUACUUCCCAAUUAUCUCCAGGAUAGAUUUGCUAGUUAAAUUUACCUCUUUCUCCAGCGCCAGGGCGCCGCUCUCCAUAUCGCCGCUGCAGAUCUGGCUUUUAUAAGAAACUUACAUUCGCCCACAUCAAAUAUGGCGCUGAUGUGCGUGCGGCGUCACGUCAUUGAUGCUGUUAUGCUCCCCCGGUAGAAGAGGGGUUACAGCCGUAUGAGACGUUCCGUUACCGAACGUAGAGGCAGCCACUGAGCGAUCCAAAGUACAGAACAGUAGCCGUACGGAUGAGUUAGUUCCCCAAUAUUCUCCCAAACAGCCGAACAGCAACCAUGUGAAUCAAAUAUUCUCCCAAACAGCCGAACACGCAUACUCCAUAUGAAUAAUCCCCCCAAUGACAAGACAAAGCUCCAUAUUGAGGGUCAGCAGGAAUCUGUUUAAUGAGGGCUACAUGCCCGGCUUUUAUUCAAGUCCCCCAUCUGGUGGACACUCCCCUAGGGACCAAAUGGGGAACUGUGACAAGGACAUUGAAGUAACCAAUCACAGGAUUGCCAUUCCCCUUUUCUUACCCAGAACCCUUUGCUCUGUUCAGGGAGAUAAUUGUGAAGUAAUUCAAUUAUCUCCCAGGACAGAGCCUCAACGCCAUUUUAGGUGACAAUAACAAAAAGAUAUAAAAAUACAACUGUGACAUUUUACAUUCUACAGGCAUUCAACAGGUCCCCAAAUAGCUAGUAUCUGAGCGCACCGAAGUACCGAAUAGCGCUCAGAUCCUAUGCACCCAGUCCAAUCGCCGUGGAGACAAAGGGUUCACAGAGUCAGUUUGCAUAAAAAUGAGCUCCACGGGAUUCCUAUCUGGGGUAUGGUGUAUUCAGUUGAAAAUUACCGAAUAUAGGGCUGUUCGUGCCCUUCUACCGAACAUGAAGGGAGGUCGGCGGCUUCAGCGGUGUUCGUGCUAAAAUGUAUCCGUUUUCAGUUCCAUGAGUUGGGCGUCGAACACCGCUGUGCGUUCGCAUGUUUUAAAAUGGCCGCGACCUCGUGUUCGGCAUACGAAUUGCGGCCACCCAACUACUGUAUCAAUUAAGAGGUGUCUGCGGUUAACCUCAGCGUUCAGAUGAGGUUAACCAGCAGCACACUUCUCUACUGGGUGGCUGGCUGUUCGGUAGUUUUAUUCUGUCAUAGAAGGGAAUGGCAUAGAGUCCACAGGAACGGGGAAACACGAAUCAAACAAACGAAUGAGCAAUACUGUUAGUUCAGUUCAAGACAGAGGGAUCUGUCACAGACGUGCACGCAUGUUUUAGGGUCAGAGGUCAGAGACAGCCAAUUACAGCCUAAGGAGGGUUAUUUAAAUCCAAAUUACCUUUUUUAUCAGUGCCCUGGCAUGAUUUCCACUAGCUGGUUAUUGGAGAGUGUGUUCCUGAUUGCAUUUUUUGGUAUUUGACUUUGGCUGCGUUUUGACUUUCCUGAUUUCUAGUAUCCUUGACUUCUGCUUUCCUCAUCGUUGUGUCUCAUUUUGUGUCCCUGACCUCGGCAAGUAUUUUGACUAUUCUGCGGUAUGUUAACUCCGGCCAUUCUAUAGUCUUUAUCCUUAGACCUAGUUUAGACAUAUCUAAAAUCACAAGAAUUUCAAGAUCAGAAACAAAAUGGGUCUACUUCAAGGAGGUCAUGCUUUACCCAAUCAAUAAAAUCAAUAAUCGUAUUGAUUUUAUUGAUUGGCUAAAUAAAAUAAUAGAGCAGGGUGGGGUAGUAUACAUUGCUUACCUAGAUUUCAAUAAGGCUUUUGACACUGUCGCACAUUGAAGACUCAUCAAUAACUGCAAUCUUUAAGUUUGGAUUCCAAAAUUGUUAAAUGGGUUAGGCAGUGGCUAAGUGACAGGCAACAGAGGGUUGUAGACAAUGAAGUAAAUUCAAAGCAAGGUUUUAUUACCAGUUGUAAGAAUCUGUACUUGGACCCAUUCUCUUUAAUAUUUUUAUUAGUGAUAAUUGCAGAAGGUCUUGAUGGUAAGGUAUGUCCUUUUGCUGAUGAUACAAAAAUAUGUAAGAGGGUUGAUGUUCCAGGAGAGAUAAGCCAAAUGGCAAAUGAUUUAGGUGAACUAGAAAAAUGGACAGAUCUGUGGCAACUGACAUUUGAUGUGGAUAAGUGCAAGAUAAUGCAUCUGGGAUGUAAAAAACCCAAGGGCAGAGUAUAGAAUAUUUGAUAGUUUGAGUCCUAACCUCAACAUCUGAGGAAAGGGAUAUAGGGGUAAUAAUUUCAGAUGACUUAAAAGUAGACAGACAGUGUAAUAGGGUAGCAGGAAAUGCUAGCAGAAUGAUUGGUUGCAUAGGGAGAGGUAUUUGCAGUAGAAAAAGGGAAGUGCUCAUGCCAUUGUACAGAACACUGGUGAGACCUCACUUGGAGUACUGAAGACCAUAUCUCCAGAAGGAGAUUGAUACUUUGGAGAAAGUUCAGGGAAUGGCUACUAAACUGGUUCAUGGAUUACAGGAUAAAACUUACAAGGAAAGUUUAAGUGAUCUUAACAUGUAUAGCUUGGAGGAAAGAUGAGACGGGGGUAUGAUAGAAACAUUUAAAUACAUGAAGUGAAUCAACACAGUAAAGGAGGAGACUAUAUUUAAAAGAAGACAAAACUACCACAACAAGCGGACAGUCUUAAAUUAGAGGGGCAAAGGUUUAAAAAAUAAUACCAGGAAUUAUUACUUUACUGAGAGGGUAGUGGAUGCACGGAAUAGUCUUCCAGCUAAGGUCCUAAAGGUUAACACAGUGAGGAAGUUUAAGCAUGCAUGGGAUAAGGACUUAAGAUAAGGCCAGGGACUAAUGAAAGUAUUUAGAAAAUUGAGCAGACUAGAUGGGUCGAAUGGUUCUUAGUUGCCGUCACAUUCUAUGUUUCUAUGUUACUAGGUAAUGCCUUUGGGAGCUGUCAAAAUUACCAAACUAUUCCUCCAAACUGUAUUGUGUACCUAACUCACUCUCCCAUGACAACAUGUGGCUUACUUUAGAAGAGGGUUUUAUGUUGUGCAUUGAGUAGCAUAUGGAUAAUAUCCCUUUUCUAAUUUUGAAAUUUCCAGAAUUUUAUAGUUUUUAUCCAGUUCCCUAACAUUACAUUUUUCUUUCAGUUUUUCGCUAAUUUCCAUGUAAUCCGUUCUUGAGUCAUCAGGUAGACUGUAUUUAAAUUGUCGUUUUUCGAAUGAAAGAAUUACAUUUCCCUGAAAGAAAUCAUCCAAAUCAACAAACUUUUGUUGUUGAAUAACUAUGCCAAAAAUUUAUAUUUAUAGAAGGUAAAUGAUCAAUUAACAGUGAUAGUGGCAUUGUGAAAAAUAUUCAAGGCCUUAAGUGUAGUAGGUAAAUACAUGGUGAUUUCGGGCCUCUUUUCCAGAUUAAGCCGUAGCACAUCUUUUAGAGAGAAUGGCAAAACUUUAGUUUCCUCCAUCUCCAACCAUCUGGGUUUGUUGUUAUGUAUGUUAAAGCCAAAUGUUGUAGCAGCAUUAGUGGCGAAGUAGUAUUUGUGGAUGACUGGUACGCCAUUUGUGGUGUUGAUCAGAUCUGAACUGAUAAUAGUUUGAGUUGUGGCUAAAAUGCAUUCAGCAGGUAUUAUGGGUGUCUUCUGAGAUUCAGUAAAGGAUUGAGGUUCAAACUGAUGGGAUAGAGCAUCAGCUUUAGCGUUUUUCGACCCAGGUUGGUAUGUCACCCUGUAAUUAAAACGCAAUAAAAAUAGAAACCAUCGAGCCCGUCUAUCCGUCAUUCUCAGUUUUUGUGGUCAGUAAGAAUAGUAACCGGUAUAGUAGACCCCCUCUAUUACGUCACCAUUCCUUUAGAGCAUAAAUGAUAGCCAAUAACUCUCUAUCGAAAAACUAAAAAACAAACAAGCAAUAAGAGGCGCUAAAAGUGCAUAAUAUUGAUGUAAAUGCAAAGAUAAUAAAGGUAGAGCAGCACCUAAAAGUGUACAAGCUCAUAAAACGUACCUUUAAAUAUUAAAAGUGCAAAUAGUGCAUUAAAUAGAGCACAAACAAGAAGUGUGUACACAAUAUAACCACACUCAGUGUAACGUAUGUGCAGAAUUAUAAGUGAAAUAGUGAAAAAACAAUAUCCGAAUACUAACGUACAGAGAAAAUGUAUAUCUCCUUUGAUGCUCCAAAUCAAAUGAGAACAUAUGUAAAGAAAGAUAUAAAAUGGAGAAACAUAGUAUAAUAUUGUUUAAAAAUGAGUAUUAAAACCAACAAUAUUAAGAUUGGAAUAUCACUCACAAAGAGAGAGAGCAGUAAAAGCCUGCUCUAACUGAUCCAGCUUAUAUUCCACAGACCAGGACUUCAAUGAUUGUACAAGUUAGCAGGAUGCCAGCUCACAGUGUAAACAGCCUUUAUUUAAAGUUAAAAUUCACGAUCCCCGUUUCCAAUUAGAAGUCUGAUAACCAUUUAUCAGCGCUAUAUAGAAAAUAUCUACCAGUCCUUGGCAAUUUUUGGCACUGCAGGUUUCACUUCCUGGAACUCGGAGUUCCAUCUGAUCACGUGAUGAUCUAGUUCAUAACUGUCCAUACAUCUUAUUCUAAACAAUAAUAAUAGAACAAAUAUAUCCAUACAUCUUAUUCUAAAUAAUAAUAAUAGAACAAAUGUAUAUAUUCUAAGCAAUAAUAAUAGAACAAAUAUAUAUAUAACUCUCUAUUGCAUAUGUCAUACCUCCUUUCGGUUUCGGUCAAUUUCUUAGAAUAAAAACCACAAGGAUAUAGAGGUAAGUCAUCAAAUGGUCUCUGAGAUAGAAAUGCCCCUACACCUGUCUCAGAUGCAUCAAACUCUAACAGAAAAGGGCGAGAUGGGUCAGGAUGAGCCAAUGUAGUUGCUGAGGUGAAAGCCUUCUGUGACGAAGUGCCCUUCGCCACUUGGUCCUGGAUAGGCCUGCUUGCCAGCCUCCUGCCUUGUGAUUAUGGCCCUGGGGUGUAUGACCCUUUAAACAAGCUGCUUUGUCCCUCCUCAACCUCUCAUCAGCCCGUGCUAAACAUUAACCACAUAGCGAUUUUAUUCUGUUCGUGGGAUCUGAGCGCUGUUCGGAUAUAUUGAGCGCUCAGAUCCAAGCAAUCUGGGAAAAGGUUGAAUGUGGGGGUUCUGUUCAAUGUAAUGGGCAUUAUGGAUUUUUUUGUAAUUUUGUUGCUGUUGUGAAUGGAGAUAUUUACUUUUAAAGUUAUGAAUAUUGUGUAAAACUGUAUAUUUUCCUGCCUGUGAUAAUUACAUUAGCCCAUUUUGUACAGUAACUAUAUCACAGCCAGAGGGGAGGAUUUUGCUGUAUUAUUUUAAAUAAAAAAAAUAAUAAUAAUACAGCAAAAUCCUCCCCUCUGCCUUUGAUAUAAUUACUGUGAUAUAAUUACUUUAAAAGUACACAUUCACAUAAGACUUACAGAAAAUAUCUCCAAUAUAUCCAAACAGCACUCAGAUCCCACGAACAGAAUAAAAUCGCCAUGGGGUUAAAGUUUAGCAUGGGCUGAUGAGAGGUUGAGGAGGGACAAAGCAGCCAGUUUCAUUUAAUGGGCCAUGCACCCUAGGGCCAUAAUCACAGGGCAGGACUCUCCAGGACCAAGUGGUGAACAGCACUUUGUCACACCUUCUUUAUCAAAAGCAGCCGUGGCCUCUGCAAUCAGUUUCCCACAGAAAUCACAAAUUUGCAGUGAUGUUACUACCGCAAAGGAUUCUGGGUGGGCAUAUGCAAAUUAGUUCAACUAAAAAAAAUCACUUUUUUACCUCAUUCCAUUUUAAACAUGGAUUCCUUUGAGUCUGUGUUUGCUGUAUACAACAGCUUUGAAACACAACUAAUGAAAAGAUGCAAAGCUGUUACAUUGUUAAUGCAAAUCAGCAUUUUUCCCCAUCAUAACUGUGUUGGUUGUUGCUUCUCAACUACCUCCAAGCUUCAAAGCUAGCUAGUAGCCAACCUCAUGCUGAUGAUUUGCAUUAACAAUGAAACCGCUGUUCAUGAGUGAUUCACUGGCUUUGCAUAUUUUCCCAAGUUGUGUUUCAAAGCUGUUGUAUACAUGUUUAAAAUGGAAUGAGGCAAAAAUGUGAUUCUUUCUUGAAUUCAUUUGUAUAUGCCCUCCCAUAAUCCAUUGCAGUAGUAACAUCACUGAAAAUUUGUGAUUUCUGUGGGAAACGCAAGUCUUAUGGCUUGAGUGGUGUGCAGAUUUUUGUUUAAUAUUGUAUUAACUAUCCACAGACUUCAGGUGGAAGAAGUUUUCAAUCACAAUUUUUUCCCCAUUAUAUGUGGCAAAUGUAAACCGAAAUUAGAGAUAAGACACAUAGAACUUCACCCCCCCCCUGCCAAACACCAUAUAUAGCUUCAACCCCCUUCCAAACACUUUGGUUUCCAUGUGUCUUAUCUCUAAUUUCGGUUUACAUUAGCCACAUUACAAUCAGUUUGGUCAUGCAGUGAAUGGAGUAAGAAAGGAGAGAAAUGUGCCUGUGUGUUUUUACACUUUUUGUUACAAAAUGGAGUCACAUCUGCUAAGUAUACAUUUAAUUUAAAUUCCACAAUACCUAUGACAAAACGUAAUAUGACAAAAACCCAGGUAAUGGGAAUAAACAUAGAGAUGUCAAUCUUAAAUGCUUUGCAAGCAUCUUUUAAAUGGACAGGUGAUCUAAUAACCUUUGUUGUCUAGGCCUUAAAAUCACAAAAAAAAUCUAGGCCACCUAUUUUCAUCAAACUAUCAGAAGUUACUGAGUUAGAUGCAAUCCACUCUGAAAGCAGGGUGGCCACCCAUUAAUCAGUACAAGUUAGAAUGUGGGCAACUCGGCAGUCUUUGCGCAGGCACUGCAGCAUGUAGUCGCUCAUGUGUGCCAGGCUGCCCAGAGGCAAAGACAAGCUGUCCUCUGUGGGAGGUGUAUCGUCUGUGUCCUCCUUAUGCCCCCAGCCACGCUCCAGUGAUGCCCACCAGCUGCAUUUGGUGCCACCCUGCUGUGAACACGGAUCCUCCUCCUCCUCAUCCUCAUCAUCCUCCUCAUCCUCCAGAACUGUGCCCUGGCUGGACAAUUGUGUACCUGGCCUAUGCUGGUGCAGGAAUCCACCCUCCAAGCCAAGCCACUUGUGAAUGACUGGCCUGAUAACCGUGGAAAUGACCCCUCGUCCUCCUCCUCUUCCUCCUGUGCCACAUCCUCUUCCAUCAUUGCCCGCAGCGUUUUUUCAAGGAGACAUAGAAGCGGAUAGUAAGGCUGAGAACGGCGUCAUCGGCACUGGCCAUGUUGGUGGAGUACUCGAAACGGUGCAAAAUGGCACACAGGUCUCUCAUGGAGGCCCACUCAUUGGUGGUGAAGUGGUGCUGUUCCGCAGAGCGACUGACCCGUGCAUGCUGCAUCUGAAACUCCACUAUCGCCUGCUGCUGCUCGCUCAGUCUCUCCAGCAUGUGCAAGGUGGAGUUCCACCUUGUGGGCAUGUCGCAUAUGAGGCGGUGAGCGGGAAGGCCAAAGUUACGCUGCAGCACAGACAGGCGAGCAGCAGCAGGGUGAGAUAGUCGUAAGCGCGCCCACUUUCUGCAGCAGCUCUGAUAUAUCUGGGUAGUUUUUCAGGAAUUUCUGCACCACCAAAUUCAGCACAUGCGCCAGGCAAGGGAUGUGCGGCAAACUGGCUAGGCCCAGUUGCUAUGAGAUUUCAUCCAUUAUCGCACAUCACUAGGCCAGGCUUAAGGCUCAGUGGCAACAACCACUUAUCAGUCUGUUGUUCCAUGCCCAUCCACAGCUCCUGCGCGGUGUGGGGUUUUCCCCCCAAACAUAUGAGUUUUAAAACAGCCUGCUGUCGUUUCCCCCGGCUGUGCUGAAGUUGGUGGUGAAGGUGUUAUGCUGCUUGGAUGAGGUGGUGGUAGUGGAGGAGGAAGCGGAGUAGGAGGGGGAGGCAACAGGAGGCAAAGAGAAAUGCCCUGCAAUCCUUGGUGGCGGAAGGACAUGCGCCAAACUGCUAUCCGCUUCAGGCCCAGCCACCACUACAUUUGCCCAGUGUGCAGUUAGGGAGAUAUAGCAUCCCUGCUAGUGCUUGCUGGUUCACGUAUCUGUGGUUAUGUGGACCUUGCCACUGAUGAAGUUGCACAGUGCACACCUAAUUUUGUCUGCCAAUUGGUUGUGCAGGGAAGGGAUGGCUCGCCUGGAAAAGUUGUGGCGGCUGGGAACCACGUACUGUGUGACAGCCACCGCCAUCAGGUUUUUAAAACUGUCCGUCUCCACCAGACGGAAUUUCAAAGGCCAUGAAUUUUGAAAUGCUGGCAUUCAGGGCCAGGGAUCACGGGUGGCUAGGGGCUACUUCCUCUUUCUCUCCAGUGUUUGGGAGAUCGACAGCUGAACGCUUCCAUGGGACAGUGUGAAGAUGCUUGGGGACGGUGGCGGACGUGGUGGCGUUGCUGCCACAUCCUCUGUUUGCGGGGUGGCAGGUGCCACUGUCACUCCAGAGGUGGAAGAACGGGCAGAGACAGCAGCAGAAGAGGAAGCAGGAGGAGCCUGAGACCUUUCUUGGUUUUUGAGUUGCUUACUCCACUGCAGCUCGUGCUUUGCAUGUAGAUGCCUGAUCAUGCAGGCUGUGCUCAGGUUUAGCACGUUUAUGCCUUGCUUCAGGCUCUGAUUGCACAAUGUCUUGUCGUUAGCACAUUAUCUUAAGAACUGCCACACCAGGAGCUUGCUUUGGUGUGCUCAGUCUAAGGGGCGGCUGCUACGCUUUUGCACCCUACUCCCUCCUAUGCUGUGCUGGUGCCUCUGUGCGACCACCGCCUCUUCCUCCAAACUGCACAUGUCACUUGCAUGACCUUCAUUCCAUGUGGGGUCAUCAUCCUCCAUGUGCCGGUCUGCACAAUGCAGGAAGCCACAGCAGUUGGCACCUGUGUUUCGUUGUCAUCAGAAACGUGCUGCGGUGGUCCUUGCAUGUCCACAUACUGGCACAUAAGUGGUUGUGCAUUAGUCCAGGGGCAGGGCUUGGUGGAUGGCCCACAGAAACCUUGCCAACAUAGUCAUCAAAAAGUAUAAGAGACUGCUGCAUGACUUGUGGGUCAGACUGCUUGGCUGAUUUGCAUGGGGGUGAGGUGAAAAACAGAUGGCCAUGGGCUGCAGGUGCCAACUCUGAGCUUUCAGCAGGGUACCGGGUGAGAGAGAAUGUGCAGGAACUGGAGGCACUGUCCAAUCUACUAUCGCCUGUGCUUGUUCUGGCCUCACCAUUCGAAGAGCAGCAUUCGGGCCUACCAUAUAACACUGAAGGUUCUGUCGCGUACUCGCACCUGAGGAAGGUGUUUCACUUGUGCGUGUAGCUGGCACAUAUCAACCACGUCCUCUCCUUGCAAGAGGAGCUCCACCAACACGAGCAGCACCAUGACUAGGGCCACGUCCCUUAUUUGACGCUCACCUCAUUCUUUGCGUUCACCCACCAAACUAACAGAUGGUUUAUAUCAGGCGACAAUGUAACCGCCAAAAGUCAACAAUUUAUUUUAGUUAUUUUUUUUGUUUAUUGGACUGCAAGAAAUGUACUGCAGGCCCCAAAUGUACUAUUUAGUAGCCAAACAAUUUGAAUGUUUAAAAAUGCUAUGUCACAGCACUAUUUGACGAUUCUAUUUGACUCCCAGAUAUGAAGUGCAGGCACCAAAUUUACUAUUUAGCAGAUUAGCACCCAGAAAAUAAGAAUGUUUACAAUUGUGCUGUGCACGCACUAUUUGACGCUUCUAUUUGACUCUCAGAUAUGAAGAGCACGCCCCAAUUUACUAUUUAGCAAAUAAGCAUCCAGAAAAUAAGAAUGUUUACAAUUGCGUUGUAACCGCAGUAUUUGAUGUUUCUAUUUGACUCUCAGAUAUGAAGAGCACGCCCCAAAUUUACUAUUUAGCAGUUUAACACCAAAGCUAUUAGAAUUUUUACAAGUGCGCUAUAACCGCAGUAUUUGACGCUUCUAUUUGACUCUCAGAUAUGAAGAGCACACCCCAAAUUUACUAAUUAGCAGUUCAGAACCAAAACAAUUAGAAUUUUUACAAGUGCGCUGUAACCGCAUUAUUUGACACUUCUAUUUGACUCUCAGAUAUGAAGUGCAGGGCCCAAAUUUACUAUUUAGCACAUUAGCACCCAGAAAAUAAGAAUGUUUACAAUUGCGCUGAAACCACACUAUUUGACGCUUCUAUUUGACUCUCAGAUAUGAAGAGCACACCCCAAAUUUACUAUUUAGCAGUUUAGCACCAAAACAAUUAGAAUUUUUACAAGUGCACUGUAACCACAGUAUUUGACGCUUCUAUUUGACUCUCAGAUAAGAAGUGCAUCCCACUGAUGUUCUUUUUAGCACCCAAAAUAUUUUACAUUUUAAAACUGCAAUGUGACAGCAGUAUUUGAUGCUUCUGUUUGACUCUCAGAUAUGAAGUGCACCCCACUAAUGUAUUCUUUCCUAAUCUGUCCCUGAAGCGGCAGCAUCCUCUCCCUACACUAAUAAGAGCUCAUGUGCGUGCAACGCAACGUGACUCCAGCUUAUAUAUAGAGCCUGGGUCACAUGCUGCACUGGCCAAUCACAGCCAUGCCAUUAGUAGGCUUCUAAGGGCACACAAGUCAAACGCUUGUUGAUUGGCUGCCCUGCAGCCUUUCAAAACGCGCCAUUAAAUUGCCAAACACCAAACUCCAACCUGAACAUACAGUGAAAUGUCCCUGUUCGGGUCCGGGGUACAAAAAACGUAAUGAUCGGUACGAACCGGAACUUUACAGUCCGGGUUCGCUCAACUCUAUUCAUGAGUGAAAAUAAGGUCUAGAGUAUUGCCUGCUACAUGCGUGGGGGAAUUAGCCCACUGUGAUAGCCCAAGGGAGGAGGUAAUAGAAAGUAGUUUUGAGGCUGCUAGGGUCAAGGGUGGGUUAAUAAGAAUGUUGAAGUCUCCGAGAAUUACAGAUGGAAUGUUAGAAGAGAGGAAGUAAGGAAGUCAGGCAGCAAAGUGGUCAAUGAAGAGAAGUGGUCAAGGCAGCAAUGUUAGCAGAGAUGGGUUUGAAAAGGCAGAUUGAAUGAAUCUCAAAUGAUGAGAAAGAGAGAGAAGGGGUUGUGGAGCAGUGAGGUGAGAGCAGAAACCCUACACCACCACCUUUAUUUUCAGAGUUUCUUGGGUUGUGGGAAAAUUGAAGACCAACAAAGAAUAAAGAGGCAGGGGUAGCAGUGUCAGAGGGAGAGAGCCAUGUUUCAGUUAAUGCUAGUAAUUGUAGGGAAUGAGAGAUGAAAAGAUCAUGCACAGCUGUGGAUUUAGUAAUACUGCAAACAGAGCGUGCAUUACAGAGGGCUGUGGAAGGAGAAUUUAAAGGAAGAAUUGCGUGAGAUGGGUAUGAGAUUGGAGUGAUUGUUGGAGUUAGCACAUGAUGGGUUUGCAAGUGUGGGACCGGGGUUUGGAGAGACAUCACCAGCUGUUAUAAGGAUAGAAAAGAAGAAAAGAUGGGAGCAGGAUUUAAAGAUUUUGUUUUAAAUAAUUUUAUUGGUACAUAGGAAAAGCAGUCAUCCCACGCAGGGGAGGCAAACGGUGCAUAAUAAACUUUUGUCAUAAGCAUAUGCCACAAAGUGUAUUAUAUAUCGAAUUAGAACAGUCAAAGCCUAGUAAGGCAGAAAGGUUAAAGUGUGUGAACAUAAGUAACAUAACAAAGGUUAGGCAAAUGUCAUAUUGCAUAUCCGUUCCAACAUUAGCGAUAAUAGGCCAUUCUCUGUAUCCUAUUUUGCAGUCGGCAUAUGUUAGCAGUACAAUAUUUAGCUAAAUCUGAACCGAGGUAUUUGCACUGUUGUCUACGCUGAAUUAUAACAGGUCAAGUUAAGUAGCGUUUUAUGCCUGUUCUCAACUUUAUUUGAUUAAGCAUUAGGCAGCAACCCAUUAGCGAGUCCCCGGGGGGGGGGGGGUUAAAAUAUGGCAUAACACAAGGGCACACCUUUAGAAUAUCAGAGAAAGGGUUAAUAUUUCACUCUUAGAUAUUAAAAUGAUAUUUAGAGAUUAGAUAAUGGGAGUUUAGGGGCUUAAUUGGUUGCUGUAUAGCUUCCUCUCCACACGUUUAAACAGGGUAGUAUGUUGUAUGUCUUUAAUUCGUGCCCUCAGGUAAGCGGUAACUGAUGUCCCUAAGAUGGGACCCACAGAAUCUAUAUGCUUGAUAUUACAAACACAUCUAGGAAAUAAGCAAAGAACGGUUAAACUGUAAGCAGGCUGUUUCUUAACAUAGGGUGAUAUGAUGGGGGUAUAAACCUCCGGUUUUAGAUCUACGAAACAUUACAUUAAGUAGAGAUUAAUUAAAUAAGAAUUAUAGCAACGCAGGACUUUAUAUUAGUCGGACAAGGGCCGUCUAUGGCACAGCAGCAGUAUGCCCCUCAGCCAGCCAAGUCUCCAUCCGUCUCCCCCAGGCAGGCCUCAGCCCGCCAGCAGGACUCUCCAUGGCUCCGUGGGCACUCAGAAGCAGGAACUGUCCGCAUGACCCCCACACCUAGAGUCGACGAACCGUCUGCCCCCUGCACCUCACCAGAACCUCUCAAGCCUCUGUGGAGCGUGUGCACCCAUGUCUCUCUUGGUGCCGGCCACACUCUUGGGGGUGGUGCACGCCUGUCUCGGCCACCGGUCCGCCUGGAGGCCCGCCACCACCUGGUCCACAGGGCUCACAGCAUCAGGGACAGGUCUCUCCGGGGACCCCUCAGACCCGGAGGCCAGGGCACCUACUCCUCUUGCGGGCCGGUUGCCAGAGAAUCCAUCUGGAGGCCGGUAGCACCGAAGGUCACACGCACUGUCCAAGCCGGACCACCAUGGCAGGUGAGUAUUUUUCACUGUGUCCCUUCUCAGAGCAGUCAAAUGCGCAAUUAAAUGGAUUUUAAACAGCCGAUUGCAAGUAUCCACCGUUGUGGCUGUCCCCAUAUCUGUAUGGUCCAGUCUUCUGACAGGCUGUUCCGCAGGCAGCCUUUGCCAGUAUAGGCGAUCGGCACAACACCAGCCCGGGGACUCUCGUCGCCAGGAGGGCCGCCGCCAUGAGGUCAGGAUUACCUCUGCCGACCAUGGGUGGGGGAGCGGGGGCCGCACCACCGGCAGGCACCGGCCGUGUUAUGUCAGGGCUCUCUCGCACUGCCUGCCCUGCUCUAUUGCCUCCUGAGGCUCCAGAUCGUGAGUAGGCCGGGGAUAUCAGCACCCACCUUACUGUUUGCUAUCGGUGGUUAUCGGGUGUCUUUCUGAUGCUGGGGUUAUGCUCUUCCCCAGUACUGCGGAGAUGUCCACUUUGGGGUGUUCAGCACACACUUUUAGUGCCUUUUUCAAGUGCUCGGGUCUGGAGCUAAAGUUGAUGGCUGCCAGCCGGCCCGGCGGCCCGGCCCCGCCCCCGAUUUAAAGAUUUUGUGAGAGUGUUUAUAUUUUCUGGAUUUAGAAGAAAAUGGUGAAGAUAAGUUGGAAAGGUACAAGUGGAGUGCAUGGGAUGAAUAAAAAAGGAAGGGAAGUAGGGUGGGAGCAAUGAAAGUUGUGUCAGCAGGAACAGGUAGGCAGAAUGACAGAGAUAUUUUGAGAAGUGAGGGUGAAAGUAAAGAAUAUGAGGGAGAACAUUUUAUAUGAAGAAUUAAAGAUUUUAUAUUAUAUAGAAGGGGAGUAGGAGUUUCAAUAAUGCAGAAUUAGAUAAGGUGAUCUAUUAGAGUUACAAGAGAGGGGUGAGAGGUUAAAAGGCAAGGAGUGUGACAAUUUAGCAGGUGAUUAGUGUUUGAGAGACAUAAUUAGUGUGUUUGGGCUGUCAGGUAAUUUGUCCUAUCUAUAAAUGUAAUGAGAAACUUGGGGUGGGAAGCCAUCCAUGCAUAAGCUGAAAGUCUUGGGAACUAGAUGCUGGUGUGUUUGGGACCCAGGCUGCAUUUAAAGGUGGGGAGAAAGUAUUUGAGAUUUAAAGAUAUGAGGAUAGAUCAUAAAUGGUGAACAUAUAUUAACAAGACUAUCAGCAAUAACUCUAAACUAACAAAAUAGGGGUAAAUCAUAAAUGGUGGACAUAAAUAAGCCAUACUAUUAGUAAUAACUUUAAACUAACAAAAAUAGAGGUAGAUCAUAAAUGGUGGGCAUGAAUUAACAAGACUAUUUUAGCACAAUAACUAACAAAAUAAACAUUUAUAUAAACAAGUGUGUGUGUAAGAAUGUUAUAAAGGGCAUUGCCUCUAAAACCCUAACUGCUUCAAGCUUCAAAAUUCAAACAUUAAUAGAGGGUAAAUUGUAGGGAUGUUCAUAGGGAAAAUAUUUGUUUCAUUUCGGCAUUGGAACUUCGGCACUUCGGUUCGGCACUUCCGUACUUUGGCACUUCGGAACUUCGGCAACUUCAGAACUUCGGAUGUUCUCUUGCAGCCGCUUAGUAGAUAACUCCCUAAUUCCCACAGUAUUAGGAAGCUAUCUAUCAGAAGGCUUAAAGGCCUAAAUUGGUCUUUCAGCCAAAUUUACUAAUACUAAAUAAAAAUUACUCACUAUACCGCGAGUAGGGGCAUGUCUAUUAAACAAAAAACAAAACACUGUGUCCCCCCCUCCCGAAUCCCCACCCGUGCUGUGCGAGUGGGGGCUUCUAACCUGAAGGGGGGACCUAUUGCCCCUCCCGGUCCCCACUCCUGAUCGGCAAGUGGUGGCCCAAAAUCAGAAAAAUGGAGGGUACCUAUGGUCCUCCCCCGUGGCCCCCACCCCUAAAUGACGGGUGGGGGACUUAAAGUAAAAUAAGGGGGGCACCUAUUGUCCUCUCCCCCGGCCCCCACCACUGAGCAAUGGUGGGUGGGGGGCCGAAAUAAGCAUAAGGGUGAGGGGGUUAGUUAGGGAUUCAUUAAUUUUUUUGGAGGGGUGUGACUAGGGGCUUGGGUGACAUUUUUAUUUAGGGUCCCCACCCACCGCUCACGGGUGUGGGCCAGGGAGGAGGAGGACAAUAAGUCCCCCCCUUAGUGGUAUUUAGGGUCCCCACCCACCACUCAGGGGUGGGGGCCAGGGGCAGGAUAAUAUAGGACCCCUAUAAUAUAGGGCCCCUAUAUUCUAAUUUAGGGCCCCCACCCACCGUUUAGGGUUGAGGGCCGGGGAGGAUGACAAUUGGUCCCCCUUGUUUUACUUUAGGGCCCCACCCACCGCUUAUUAUAAUUUAGGGCCCCCACCCACUGCUCAGGGGUGGGGGCCAGAGGGGGAGGACAAUAGGGCCCCCCUUAUUCUAAUUUAAGGCCGAAUUGCCGGAAAUUCGUAAGGAACGAAACGAAUUGCACAUGUCUAGUAAAUUGGCUAAAAUAGUGGAUCAGGAUGUUUCACUUCUUUCAGUAAUUGCUACAGUAAAGACGUUUUACAUUUGGAAAUUCACAUAGAUAAUGAAUAAAAAAGAAAACAGUUGUGGCUGAAAUCUUUUUUGAUCUACCUCACCUUGAUAUCAAGAGAUCCCCAAAAAUAAGUGAUUGAACAUUACUGACUGGCAUUUUCAAAGCUUUGGAUAUCUUUUUAUUUCAAGUAGAUAAUAGUAAAAGGCUACUUCUUGAAGAAGCCUUUUUAGGCGAAGCGUGUUUAGAUAUUGUUUUACUACUUUAUAAUAAAGAAAUUAUUUUGGCAUAAAUUAUUUUAUUGCCAUAUUUUCUCUUUUUACCUGACUACAUACCCUACAAGAAACAUAAAGAAUCCACAGGUGGGGAUUACACCACCCAAAUGCUUACACCGAGCAGUAAAAGCCUGCUCUAAAUAAUGUGAGUAAUAUAUUUUAUGUUUUUAUAAAAUCUUUUAUUCAUAAAACAGAGAAUCCUUUUAAUUCUGGGUCGAACAAUACUAAUAUUGGACGCUGAACCUAUGCCACAUAUCUGCCAUUCAAAUAUUACUCCAUAUAUCCUUGAGUGGGGAUUAUUCCACUUCACGCGUGCAAUAUCAGAGCUGGAUUUUAGCUCUGAAAAGUGUGAGUAAUACUACUAUUACUACCUUAUAAUUUUAUUCACCUAUAUACUGUGCCAUUGGAGUCCUGUUCUUGUCUUACUUCUUUUCACAUAUGCUCCACUGAAUUUCAAGCAUACAACCGUGAAGAUUUACUCCAUCCUCUCAAGAAUCCUUUUUUCCACACAUGGACUUAUGAUAAGUUAUUUAUGAUAAGUUAUUUGGAUCACUGUUAACCAUUAAUUUUAUAUUAUAUUUUAUCAUCAUUUUAUAAUAUAUAAUUUAUUUUAUUACUUACAUUUUAUUAUACAUUUUAGGUGCACCCUUAUUCUGUUGUCUGUUUUCUUGUGUUUUAUCUUACUGUUAGGGGAUUAGAGGGGACUCCCCUUUGAGGUGUGCAGCUGUCUUACUACAUUUCUCUGUGGCAGUUUAGCAUUGAUUUUUUCUUUCUGUAUCUUCCACUAUUCAUAACUCCUAAAAUAUUCAUACAAUCUCCAUAAGUCCAUAGUUACAUAUUUUGAGUCAGCAUACUCUAAAUACAAACAUACCCAAAAAUCAGACAAUUCCCUCCAGUGGUUAAAAAGUUAGGUGAAAGUCCAUUUUUGACCGACCGCAAGCAUGGCUUUCCUGCCCAAAACAGUUCCAUAGAUUUGGGCUGUCUAUUUUACACUGAAAAAUAACUAAGUCCCAUUCGAAUGCAUGAACGGGACACCAUUCGGGCAAAUAGCUUAGUAUAACUGUGCAUUUGAAUAGUCAAAUGCACUUCGAUUUUAGCCGAAAUGUCAAAGUGGAGGAGAAGGUAAGGGUCAGCGGUGUUCGUGCAAAUGUGGAGCCGAUUUUAGUUCCAUGGAUUUGACGGCACACACAGCUGACCGCGUUCGACUAAAUAAAGAUGGCCACCGCCACGUGUUCGACUGUAUGACGGCAGUGGUCGUCAAUUAACCUGCGGUUACCCGCCAGCCUGGGAGGUAAAUUGCCUGCACACUACCACUUGCGUGUGGUCCGCCUGUUCAGUAAUUGGUUCGGUAAGCCCCAUUUACUGAUCCAAGUGGGAAAAAGCCACAAACAAAGUAUUUUAACAGUCUGGGGAUUCUGGGGACACAAUUUUAAAGGGGCCAUGUUCCAAUUCUCACUAUGUCCCAAUAAUGUGCUUAAAGGGCCAGCACCAGUCCCAUAAAAGUCCAUAAGCCCAAGUAAUGUUUUUAAAGAGCCAUACACCCCAGGUUCAUAGUCACAGGGCAAGAGGCUGGCAAGCAGGUCUCUCCAGGACCAAGUGGCAAAGGGUACUUCGUCACAAGAGCUAUGCCAAUCUCACUGUUAAUUAACCAUAUCAGCAUAAUAUUCAUUUAAACAAUGGAUCUGUAUGCAUAAUCUUCAUAUUCUAAGUUUAUUUACCUUCUAUAAAUAUACAUUUUUAGCAUAGUUAUUCUAUAACAAAUUUGGAUGUUUUCUUUUAGGGAAAUUCCAUUACUUAAUUCUAAAAACUACAAUCUAAAUACAAUCUACCUGAUAACUCAAGAACAUAUUAUAUAGAAAUUAGCGAAAAAAUGAAAGAAGACAAAUGUAUUUUUUUUAUCUUAAUAUUUCUUUAUUUAAAUUUUUAACAAAUACAGUUUAUAUCAAUUUACAAUUAAACAAAAUUUAAUCACGCAAACACAAAUACAUAAUAAUUUACAUUACAUAGAUGUACUACAUUCAUUCCGGAGGGUUCCAAAGAUAAAGCUUUACAGAUUCAGAAUUUCAAAAAUCUUUUUAACUUCAAGUUCAGCUCCCAAUAGCUGGUAUAGAUAUAACAGAAUACGCUGUUAUUCAGAAUACGCCGUUCUUACAGCGUACCAAAGAAGCUAGUGUGCCUCUUCCUUGCAUUUUCAACCUUUUUCUCCAAAUAAGCUCAUAGGUACUUUGCUGUAAGAACGGCGUAUUCUGUUAUUAGAUUAAAGAUUAAAGACACAAUCUAAUUUUAGAAAAUAAAAUGCACAAAAUGUCAUAUUGCCAAAACCCAAUCUUAUGUAUGCAACUUUAACGCAGUUGGGAUAUAUGGGAAAACUGCUUAUAAAAAACAACUAAUAUUUAUAAUUUAAAUUUACUGUCAUGAUUAUGUGAUGCAAAACAAAAUGUCAAUGUAAUAUUAUGUUCAUUUUCUUUAGUAUGGAUGGAUGCCCCUCCCUUUUUCCAAGUUCCCCUCUCCUUCCCUCACUUGAAUAGUAUGUUUUAUUAUUAAUUAUUUUUGUUGUAAAAACAUUUAAAACUUUAUUAAAUAAUUUGAAAUGAAAAGGGGAAAUUGCAGGAAAUAAAUGGAAAAAAUUCCAAAAAAAGCUUUUGUCACAAAUGUGUUGCAUUGCAGAAAAGUCUUGGUCUUUAAGGGAUUAAAUAUAUCCCACAUUUCAUUCAAAGAAUGGGUAGGGUAAAAUGUCAUCUUCCUCCCAGUAACAUAUAGGGACACUAAAGACCCCCGAAGUAGUUCAUCCUAAUGACAAUUAAUUUACAAAUUCAACUGAGGAUAAAUAUCAGAAUUAUUUCAGGUAGGGACUCUCAAUUUUGCAACCCACUUCAGCAGCACCUCUAUGCUGCCUUAUAAUGGUGCCAGCCCUGUUCAAACAUUACUGAACUAAAGGAGUAUAAAGAAAAGUUUGUAAAAAGCCAAAUUGGAAUUUUGUAUUCAUUCAGAUAUCCACAUUUUCCAGCUUUAACUAAAACUUUGUGACUAACAAUCAUAGAAUAUCCAUUAAAUUAAUUUGCACAUGGUUUUGAUUGCCUUACAUGGAUAUGAUUAGGGUACACAAAUUUCCCAACAACAAUAAAACUUAGAAUAUGAAGAUUAUGCAUACAGAUCCAUUGUUUAAAUGAAUAUUAUGCUGAUAUGUUUCAAUAUAAAAUAUUGUAUUUAAAAAAAAAAAAUUAAAAUUAUGUUUUUAAACUCACUUUGAUUGUUAAUAAUUGCAGGGGCAACUGGUCACAAAGAAUUAUCCAACUCAUGCAUUGGUUAUCAUUGGACUUCUUGUUGGAGCGUCUAUUUCUUGUAUAUUUUUUGGAGUGCUAAUACAUUUCAUCAACAAGAGGUUAAGAGGAACCUAA